GAGCUGGGGGUGUAUGCUAAAGAAGAGGCAGCUCGCCUGAGGGAGGAGGGGGGUUGGAGGCGCUCGGUCACAGAACGCUCACGCUCCCUGGAACUCCUGGAGUACGAUAAGGGCCGCUGCGCCAAAUGUCGCAGUGAGUACUGACCACUCAAGCUGACUGUACUGUAACCAGACCGUAUUCUCUGACCAGGUGUCUCUCUGACUGUGCUUUCUUACUGUGAAACAAGCCUCACUUCACAUAAACUUUCCCAGAUACCAUAUUGUUACAAACAAAAUAAACGGUAGUGUAUUGAAGGAGGGAUUUGGGGAGGAGAGUUUUGGAGUGUUUGUGCAGUCAGUGUGUGUAUGUGCAAGUGUGUCUGCAUGUACACCUAAGGGUGUGUGCGUGUGUGAGCCACUUCAUGCCAUGUACUGUUGAUAAUAGUGAUUGUGUUUGGGUGACUGAAAGGGACAUCUCCACAGUGUACAGGGACACUAUUUGUACUGGGACACAAAACAAGACCCCACACCAGUCUAAAUGCUGCAGGGGUAUUCAACUGGGGGUCCGCAGAGAUAUUGCAAGGGGUAUGCAAAAAAUAAAUACAUUUUAUAUAGAACAAAAAUAUUAACACAACAUUCAACGAUUUUACUGAGUUACAGUUCAUAUAAGGAAAUCAGUCAAUUUAAAUUAAUUAGGCCCUAAGCUAUGGAUUUCACAUGAGUGGGCAGGGGCGCAGCCAUGGGUGGGCCGGGGAGGGCAUAGGUCCACCCACUUGGAAGCCAGGCCCACACACUGAGUUUUUCCACACAAAAGGGCUUUAUUACUGACAGGCACUCCUCAGUUUCAUCAGCUGUCUGCGUGGCUGGUCUCAGAUGAUCCCUCAGGUGAAGAAGCUGGAUGUGGAGGUCCUGGGCUGAAGGGGUUACACGUGGUCUGCAGUUGUGAGGCCGGUUGGACUUACUGCCAAAUUCUCAAACUACGUUGGAUGCGGCUUAUGGUAGAGAAAUUUACAUUAAAUUCUCUGGCAACAACUCUGGUGGACAUUCCUGCAGUCAGCAUGCCAAUUGCGUGCUCCCUCAACGUGAGACAUCUGUGGCAUUGUGUGACAAAACUGCACAUGUCCCCAGCACAUGGUGCACCUGUGUAAUGAUAAUGCUGUUUAAUCAGAUUCUUGAUAUGCCACACCUUUCAGGUGGAUGGAUUAUCCUGGCAAAGAAGAAAUGCUCACUAACAGGGAUGUAAACAAAUUUGUGCACAGAAUCUGAGAGAAAUAAGCUUUUUGUGCCUAUGGACAUUUCUGGGAUCUUUUAUUUCAGCUCAUGAAACAUGGGACCAACACUUUACAUGUUGCGUUUAUAUUUUCUGUGUGCGCGCGCGCUACCAGUCAAAAGUUUGGACACACCUACUCAUUCAAGGGUUUUUCUUUCUUUCUUUUUUACAUUGUAGAAUAAUAGUGAAGACAUCAAAACUAUGAAAUAACACAUAUGGAACCAUGUAGUAACCAAAAAAGUGUUAAACAAAUAGCCACCCUUUGCCUUGAUGACAGCUUUGCGCAUUCUUGGCAUUCUCUCAACAAGCUUCAUGAGGUAGUCACCUGGAAUGCAUUUCGAUUAACAGGUGUGCCUUAAAAGUUAAUUUGUGGUAUUUCUUUCCUUAAUGUGUUUGAGCCAAUCAGUUGUGUUGUGACAAGGUGGGGGGUUUGGGGGUGGGUUAUACAGAAGAUAGCCCUAUUUGGUAAAAGACCAAGUCCAUAUUAUGGCGCUAUGAUGAAACUGGCUCUCAUGAGGACCGCCACAGGACAGGAAGACCCAGAGUUACCUCUGCUGCAGAGGAUAAGUUCAUUCGAGUUUCCAGCCUCAGAAAUUGCAGCCGAAAUAAAUGCUUCACAGAGUUCAAGUCACAGACACAUCUCAACAUCAACUGUUCAGAGGGGACUGUGUGAAUCAGGCCUUCAUGGUCGAAUUGCUGCAAAGAAACCACUACUAAAGGACACCAAUAAUAAUAAGAAGAAACCUGCUUGGGCCAAGAAACACAAGCAAUGGACAUUAGACCGAUGGAAAUUUGUCCUUUGGUCUGGAGUCCAAAUUUGAUAUUUUUGGUUCCAACCUCCGUGUCUUUGUGAGACGCGGUGUGGGUGAACGGAUGAUCUCCGCUUGUGUAGUUCCCACCGUAAAGCAUGGAUGAGGAGGUGUUAUGGUGUGGGGGGUGCUUUGCUGGUGACACUGUCUGUGAUUUAUUUAGAAUUCAAGGCACACUUAACCAGCAUGGCUACCACAGCAUUCUACAGCAAUACGCCAUCCCAUCUGGUUUGGGCUUAGUGGGACUAUCAUUUGUUUUUCAACAGGAUAAUGACCCAACACACCUCCAGGCUGUGCAAGGGCUAUUUUACCAGGAAGGAGAGUGAUGGAGUGCUGCAUCAGAUGACCUGGCCUCAACAAUCCCCUGACCUCAACCCAAUUGAGAUGGUUUGGGAUGAGUCGGACGGCAGAGUGAAGGAAAAGCAGCCAACAAGUGCUCAGAAUAUGUGGGAACUCAUUCAAGACAGUUGGAAAAGCAUUCCAGGUGAAGCCGUUUGAGAAAAUGGCAAGAGUGUGCAAAGCUGUCAUAAAGGCAAAGGGUGGCUAUUUGAAGAAUCUCAAAUAUAGAAUAUAUUUAGAUUUGUUUAACCCUUUUUUGGUUACAUGAUUCCAUAUGUGUUAUUUCAUAGUUUUGAUGUCUUCACUAUUAUUCUACAAUGUAGAAAAUAGUAAAAAUUAAGAAACCCUGGAAUGAGUAGGUGUGUCCAAACUUUUGACUGUGUGUGUAAAAAGUCAAGGGGUCUGAAUACAGUGCCUUCGGAAAGUAUUCAGACCCCUUGACUUUUUCCACAUUUUGUUAGGUUACAGCCUUAUUCUAAAGUUGAUUAAAUUGUGUUUUUCCCUCAACAAUUCUACACACAAUACCCUGUAAUGACAAAGCAAUUUUUUUAUUUUAUUUUUUAUGUUGCUAAUUUAUUAAAAGAAAAAAUGCAAAUUUCACACUUACAUAAGUAUUCAGACCCUUUACUCAGUACUUUGUUGUUGCACCUUUUGGCAGCGAUUACAGCCUCGAGUCUUCUUGGAUAUGACGCUACAAGCUUGGCACACCCGUAUUUAGGGAGUUUCUCCCAUUCUUCUCUGCAGAUCCUCUCAAGCUCUGUCAGGUUGGAUGGGGAGCGUUGCUACUCAGUUAUUUUCAGGUCUCUCCAGAGAUGUUCGAUCGGGUUCAAGUCUGGGCUCUGGCUGAGCCACUCAAGGACAAUCAGAGACUUGUCCCGAAGCCACUCCUGCAUUGUCUUGGCUGUGUGCUUAGGGUUGUUGUCCUGUUGGAAGGUGAACCUUCGCCCCAGUCUAAGGUCCUGAGGGCUCUGGAGGAGUAUUUCAUCAAGGAUCUCUCUGUACUUUGCUCCGUUCAUCUUUUCCUCAAUUCUUUCUAGACUUCCAGUCCCUGCCGCUUAAAAACAUCCCCACAGCAUGAUGCUGCCACCACCAUGCUUCACCGUAGGGAUGGUGCCAGGUUUCCUCCUGAAUUGAUUGCCCCCCAUUUAUCCUCAGAGUUCGUACUGCUUGGUGACCUAAAUUGGGAUAUGCUUAACACCCCGGCCAUCCUACAAUCCAAACUAGAUGCCCUCAAUCUCACACAAAUUAUCAACGAACCUACCAGGUACAACCCUAAAUCCAUAAACAUGGGCAUCCUCAUAGAUAUCAUCCUGACUAACUUACCCUCUAAAUACACCUCCGCUGUCUUCAACCAGGAUCUCAGCGAUCACUGCCUUAUAUCCUGCGUCCGUAACAGGUCCGCGGUCAAACGACCACCCCUCAUCACUGUCAAACGCUCCCUAAAACACUUUAGCGAGCAGGCCUUCCUAAUUGACCUGGCCCAGGUAUCCUGGAUGGAUAUCGAUCUCAUUCCGUCAGUAGAGGAUGCCUGGUUGUUCUUUAAAAGUAAUUUCCUCUCAAUCUUAAAUAAACAUGCCCCAUUCAAAAAAUACAGAACUAAGAACAGAUAUAGCCCCUGGUUCUCCUCAGACUUGACUGCCCUUGACCAGCACAAAAACAUCCUGUGGCGUACUGCAUUAGCAUCGAAUAGCCCCCGCGAUAUGCAACUUUUCAGGGAGGUUAGGAACCAAUAUACACAAGCAGUUAGGAAAGCAAAGGCUAGCUUUUUCAAACAGAAAUGUGCAUCCUGUAGCACUAACUCCAAAAAGUUUUGGGACACUGUAAAGUCCAUGGAGAAUAAGAGCACCUCCUCCCAGCUGCCCACUGCACUGAGGCUAGGAAACACUAUCACCACCGAUAAAUCUACAAUAAUCGAGAAUUUCAACAAGCAUUUUGCUACGGCUGGCCAUGCUUUCCACCUGGCUACCACUACCCCGGCCACCAGCUCUGCACCCUCCGCUGCAACUUGCCCAUGCCCCCCCUGCUUUUCCUUCACACAAAUUCAGACAGCUGAUGUUCUGAAAGAGCUGCAAAAUCUGGACCCCUACUAAUCAUCUGGGCUAGACAAUCUGGACCCUUUCUUUCUAAAACUAGCCGUCCAAAAUUGUCGCAACCCCUAUUACUAGCCUGUUCAACCUCUCUUUCAUAACGUCUGAGAUCCCCAGAGAUUGGAAAGCUGCCGCGGUCAUCCCCCUCUUCAAAGGGGGUGACACUCUAGUUCCAAACUGUUACAGACCUAUAUCCAUCCUGCCCUGCCUUUCGAAAGUAUUUGAAAGCCAAGUUAACAAACAGAUCACCGACCAUUUCGAAUCCCUCCGUACAUUCUCCGCUAUGCAAUCCGGUUUCCGAGCUGGUCAUGGGUGCACCUCAGCCACGCUCAAGGUCCUAAACGAUAUUAUAACCGUGAUCGAUAAUAGACAGUACUGUGCAGCCGUCUUCAUCGACCUGGCCAAGGCUUUCGACUCUGUCAACCACCGCAUUCUUAUUGGCAGACUAAAUAGCCUUGGUUUCUCAAAUUACUGCCUAGCUGGUUCACCAACUACUUCUCAGAGUUCAAUGUGUCAAAUCGGAGGGCCUGUUGUCUGGACCUAUGGCAGUCUCUAUGGGGGUGCCACAGGGUUCAAUUCUUGGGCCGACUCUUUUCUCCAUGUAUAUCAAUGAUGUCGCUCUUGCUGCUGGUGACUCUCAGAUCCACCUCUACGCAGACGACACCAUUUUGUAAACAUCUGGCCCUUCAUUGGACACUGUGUUAACAAACCUCCAAACAAGCUUCAAUGCCAUACAACACUCCUUCCGUAGCCUCCAACUGCUCUUAAACACUAGUAAAACUAAAUGCAAUCGAACGCUGCUGGCACCCACCCACCCGACUAGAAUCACUACUCUCGACGUGUCUGACCUAGAGUAUGUGGACAACUACAAAUACUCUAGGUCACAUUAAGCAUCUCCAAUCCAAAGUUAAAUCUAGAAUCGGCUUCCUAUUUCGCAACAAAGCCUCCUUCACUCAUGCUGCCAAACAUGCCCUCGUAAAACUGACUAUCCUACCGAUCCUUGACUUCGGCGAUGUCAUUUACAAAAUAGCCUCCAACACUCUACUCAGCAAAUUGGAUGUAGUCUAUCACAGUGCCAUCCGUUUUGUCACCAAAGCCCCAUAUUCUACCCACCAUUGUGACCUGUACGCUCUUGUUGGCUGGUACUCACUACAUAUUCGUCGCCAAACCCACUGGCUCCAGGCCAUCUAUAAAUCACUGCUAGGCAAAUCCCUGCCUUAUCUUAGCUCAUUGGUCACCAUAGCAACACCCACCCGUAGUAUGCGCUCCAGCAGGUAUAUCUGACUGGUCAUCCCCAAAGCCAACACCUCCUUUGGCCGCCAUUCCUUCCAGUUCUCUGCUGCCAAUGACUGGAGCGAAUUGCAAAAAUCUCUGAAGCUGGAGACUCUUAUCUCCCUCACUAACUUUAAGCAUCAGUUGUCAGAGCACCUUACCGAUCACUGCACCUGUACACAGCCCAUCUGAAAUUAGCCCACCCAACUACCUCAUCCACAUAUUGUUAUUUAUUUUGCUCAUUUGCACCCCAUUAUCUCUAUUUGCACAUAAUCUCUUGCACAUCUAUCAUUCCAGUGUUAAUACUAAUUGUAAUUAUUUUGCACUAUGGCCUAUUUAUUGCCUUACCUCCAUAACUUGCUACAUUUGCACACACUGUAUAUAUAUUUUCUGUUGUAUUUUUGACUUUAUGUUUUGUUUUACCCCAUAUGUAACACUGUUGUUUUUAUCGCACUGCUUUGCUUUAUCUUGGCCAGGUCGCAGUUGUAAAUGAGAACUUGUUCUCAACUGGCUUACCUGGUUAAAUGAAGGUGAAAUAAAAUAAAAAUAAAUAAAAUAGGCAGAAUUUCCAAUUUAUAUUAUGUGGGGAGGUCAAAAUAAUGAAAAACUACCAAAUCUAUUCAUUUUAAAAUGUUUACUUCUCCUUGCCAUUAUCAUUCACCUGAUAAGACAUACAGUACCAGUCAAAAGUUUGGACAACUAGUCAUUCAAGGGUUUUUCUUUAUUUUUAAAUUUUUCUACAUUGUAGAAUAAUAGUGAAGACACCCAAUUAUGAAAUAACACAUGGAAUCAUGUAGUAACCAAAAAAGUGUUAAACAAAUCAAAAUAUUUUUUAUAUUAGAGAUUCUUCAAAGUAGCCACCCUUUGCCUUGAUGACAGCUUUGCACACUUGGCAUUCUCUCAACCAGCUUCACCUGGAAUGAUUUGCCAACACUUUUUUGAUACGAGUCCUAUAUUAACAUAACCUGAAAGGCCGCUCAGCAAGGAAGAAGCCACUGCUCCAAAACCGCCAUUAACAAAAGCCAGACUACAGUUUGCAACUGCACAUGGGGACAAAGAUUGUACUUUUUGGAGAAAUGUUCUCUGUUUAGCUCAGGUGCAUCCUGUUUCCAUUGAUCAUCCUUGAUGUUUCUACAACUUGAUUGCAGUCCACUUGUGGUAAAUUCAAUUGAUUGGACAUGACAUGAUUUAGAAAGGCACACACCUGUCUAUAAGGUCCCACAGUUCACAAUGCAUGUCAGAGCAAAACCCAAGCCGUGAGAUGGAAGGAAUUGUCCGUAGAGCUCCGAGACAGGAUUGUGUCGAGGCACAGAUCUGGGGAAGGGUACCAAAACAUUUCUGCAGCAUUGAAGGUCCCCAAGAACACAGUGGUCUCCAUCCAUUCUUAAAUGGAAGAAGUUUGGAACCGCCAAGAUUCUUCCUAGAGCAAUCGGGGGAGAAGGGCCUUGGUCAGGUAGGUGACCAAGAACCCGAUGGUCACUCUGACCGUGCUCCAGAGUUCCUAUGUGGCGAUGGGAGAACCUUCCAGAUGCCCAACCAUCUCUGCAGCACUCCACCAAUCAGGCCUUUAUGGUAGUGGACAGACUGAAGCCACGCCUCAGCAAAAGGCACAUGACAGCCUGCUUGGAGUUUGCCAAAAGGCACCUAGAGGACUCUCAGACCAUGAGAAACAAGAUUCUCUGGUCUGAUAAUACCAGGUUUGAACUCUUUGGCCUGAAUGCCAAGCAUCAUGUCUGGAGGAAACCUGGCACCAUCCCUACGGUGAAGCAUGGUAUAGUGGCAGCAUCAUGCUGUGAGGAAGCACACACCCAAGACAACGCAGGAGUGGCUUUGGGACAAGUCUCUGAAUGUCCUUGAGUGGCCCAGCCAGAGCCCGCACUUAAACCCGAUCGACAUCUCUGAAGAGACCUGAAAAUAGCUGUGCAGCGACGCUCCCCAUCCAACCUGACAGAGCUUGAGAGGAUCUGCAGAGAAGAAUGGGAGAAACUCCCCAAAUACAGGUGUGCCAAGCUUGUAGCGAAUACUUAUGUAAAUGUGAUAUCUAUUUGUAUAAAUUAGCAAAAUUAUCUAAAAACCUGUUUUUGCUUUGUCAUUAUGGAUUAUUGUGUGUAGAUUGAGGGAAAAAUAACAAUUUAAUCAAUUUUAGAAUAAGGCUGUAAUGUAUCAAUGUGGAAAAAGUGAAGGGUUCUGAAUACUUUCCGAAUGCACUGUGUGUUUUUAUUUUUUCUCCUAACGUCUGAUGGGGGUCCCUGGUUUGCCUGGGAGGGGGUCCCUGGGCAAGAAAAGGUUGAAGACCCUUGUAGGGCUGGGUGAUGAAUCAAACUAAUUAAAAUGUGUAUUUUAGCACCAUAUUCCAAAUGCUUGUAUCACAAGAAUCAAAGUAAAAAAAAAUAUAUAGUGUUUUCAUGAGCGUUUGUCCGCUUGUUCUCAUGUUGUCAUUUUGGUCUCGUCUCCUUCGCUCCUUCUGUGCUGUGUUCACCUUCCCACUCGUACACCAAGCCCCUCCUGCUGACAUUUACAACGACGAAGAAGAAAGAUCACGUCUUCCUCUCUGACAUGUAGCUCCAACUCACUAUUUGCAUUUGAGAUUUGUUCCAACAGAAUUGGUCAUAUGUACACUGAAACACAUUGAGACAUUAGUUUACUGUAAUAGAGGAGAUCUUAACCUUUCUAAUGAUACCCUUUUUAUGUAUCUACUCCCAAAAUGUAGAGAGAGCAGACCCUACUGAAGUGAGAGUAUCAAUGAAAAGAUUUUCGGGAAAAUUAAUGCUCAGUUUCUGUCACACGUGGCAUUGCCACAGACUUAUGUGCCAACUGACUAGUCAGUUUUUUUUUAUAAAUGUGCAUUGAGCAUACAAAUAUGCUUUUAUAUAAGGAAUUGGCAACUCGUUCUCAAUCUGAGAAAUAAGCAUAUUCUUAUCCAGGUAGGCCACUUGAUUUCAACAUCUAAACAAAGUGGACAGGCUAGCAUGCUGUUGAAAAAGUUUGAGACGGACAGGGUGUGUUCAUAACAGUUCUACUUUGUUUGCUAGCUAAUAGAUCCAAGUUGGCUAGACUUGAAAUAUACAUUUUAGCUGGCUAUUCACUAGCACAUGGGCUUGUGCUUGAGAGAUUGAGUGUUAAUUUUCUAUAAUGCCUGCUACAAGAAGUUGUUAAUUAUUAGUGGGAAUGUGAAUGGUUCUGGUUAAAUUUGUAACAAAAAGGACAUUUUCAUAGACUGGCAUGAAUGCCGGAUCAGUGAUUACUGCAACAAAAUCAGGUUAAACUAUCUUGAUAAAAUAAUGACAUUAUUAGUGAGUCUUAUGGUUGUGGAAGGCUUAUAUUUAGCCAAUGUAUCAUUUCACAAGCCCUGAAUUCAUUAGCUUAUUGCUGACUGUUUUGAAAUGCAGUGAAUUGAUCUUUAAUUGUGCAACAAAGCUUGUUUUAUUGAUCUUUAAUUAUGCAACAAAGCUUGUUUAAAUAGAGAUAUACACUUAGUGUACAAAACAUUAUGAACACCUAAUCUUUCCAUGACAGACUGACCAGGUGAAAGCUAUGAUCCCUUAUUGAUGUCACUUGUUAAAUCCACUUCAAUCAGUGUAGAAGGGGAGGAGACCGGUUAAAGACUGAUUUUUAAGCCUCAAGACACUUGAAACAUGGAUUGUGUAUGUGUGCCACUGAGGGUGAAUGGACAAGACAAAAGAUUUAAGUGCCUUUUGAACGGGGUAUAGUAGUAGGUGCCAGACUCACCGUUUGUGUCAAGAACUACAACACUGCUGGGUUUUCAUGCUCAGCAGUUUCCCUUGUGUAUCAAGAAUGGUCCACCUAAAGGACAUCCAGCCAACUUGACACAACUGUGGGAAGCAUUGGAGUCAACAUGGGCCAGCAUCCCUGUGGAACGCUUUCGACACCUUGGAAAGUCCCUGCUCCGAUGAAUUGAGGCUGUUCUGAGGGCAAAAGGAGGGGAGGAGGGGAGGGGUCUUAAUGUUUUGUACACGCAGUGUAUAUUGGGACUUGGGCAUAAGUUAGAAAAAAAUGUAGAUAUGAUUUUUAGGCCAUAUCGCCCAGCCCUAGACCCCUGCUAGAAGGGAUUAAGUGUCACAUGUUAAACUUGUUCCUGGUAAUAAAUGGGACAUUCACAUUCAGUACCUGUCUUUGUCCAAUCAGGUAUGUGUGUGCAUGUUAAUGAGAUCAGGACAAAUAGAGCAGGACAGUUGAUAUGGAACAUGUAUUUACACUAAACACACACAAAUUACACUACACACACAACCAAAAAAAGCACAGAACUCUCAUUUGCGUGUCAGAGUUCGCCCCGAUCACAGCUCAUUGCAUGUGAAUGGAGUGCUCUCUACUGUUAAUACCUGCUCAUUGCAAUUUGUUUCCCUGCUCACUUCUGCAGCAAGGUAGAGGUGUGUGUGCGUGCACAGUCAUUAUUUGUGACAAUCUCGUGUGUGUGUGUGAGGCUGAACAUCUGAAAUACUGCAAGAGAGGUUGAGGGAGAGGUGUGUGUGUGUGUGUGUGUGUGUGUGUGCUUCUCAGCUCCCAUCUCAGUGAUUAGUUCCCAGUGUUGAGGCUGUAUAGGGUUGACUCAGCUAAAGCUCUCUCUCAGCCUCCCUUCAACCUCUCACCACUCUGUUUUGACCGGGGACGCGAUGCAACUGAUGAAUUCUUCAUUCCCAGUUAAAACCAGAUAUCACACACACACACACACACACACCCUCUGCUCUGUGACAUUAGCUGUAGAGGGAGAUACGGUGGUUUAUUCUGUCACUGUGUUACUGUCUCACACACGACAAAAGACACCUCUGCCUAGCUCGGCAGAAUCUCUGUUUUCAUUAUUGCUCGCUUUCUCACACAAACUCUCACUCUCACUAUAUAUACACACACACACACACACACACACACACAGAUUAUAUAUGUUGCUCAUUGAUUUCCUCCUGGUAAAUGAAGCUGAAUGUUGUUGCAGAGUCUCUAUCCUCUCAUCACACUGUUCUAGCCUAGCACUCUUGGGAGGUGUGUGUGUGUGUGUGUUCAUGAUGAGCUGCAGUGAUGGGCCUCUGUCUAUGUGACAGCUCUAUACAGAUAGCUGAGGUGUGUGUAAUUGCCUAUCUAGAGGAGAACGUUUGGUAAUGACAUUAGCAGAACAUCGCAGCAUGGAUUGUCUCUUCAAAUUAGCAUUAUUUAAAGAACACACUGAACACCUAUCAAUAAAAUUUUACUUCUAUAUGGCACAUUUUACAAGUACAUUAUAUCACACAAAGUGAAGUGGAAGGGUUGCUAAUGCAUAGAUAUCCCAGCAGGGGGCAGAAUUGAGCCAAAGAACAACCAAAGAUGGGGCUGAAAUACAGAGCAGGAGGAUGGAGAGCGGAACCCUUGGUUGAAAAAGAGAAACGGAGAGAGUACAAGAGGGAGGGAGAGUGAGGCUGAAAUAAUACAGGCUGGUUCUGUGUUACCGCGGUGUUGCGUUACCAGGGAUACAGGGUGAAAUCUCAACCACAGAGGUUUGGUUACGGUAGCUAGGAUCAGCUACGGUCAGCAAGGCUGGGGACAGUCAGGACGGGGGAACACACACAAUUCUCUGAGUUUCUCUCUCUCUUUUGAUAUUAUUAGGAUAUGAUAGCUUGAUAGUCUUAUUUUACUGUUUUACUAAUCAAAAGUUCACAACCGAUUUUAAUUACGUUAAUUAUUUUGACAUUUUGGAGAUGUAAUUUUAAAAAAACUGAUUUAAGGCCAUCCACUCCAGAUUGCGGUUAAGAGAGGGAGAAAUGUGAAGUAGUGCUUACACAAGUGUGUGUGUGUGUGUAUAUAUAUAUAUAUAUAUAUAUAUAUAUAUAUAUAUAUAUAUAUAUAUAUAUAUAUAUAUAUAUAUAUAUAUAUAUAUACAAAAGUAUGUGGACACCCUUGCAAAUGAUUGAAUUUGGCUAUUUCAGCCACACCCGGUUGCUGACAGGUGUAUAAAAUCUAGCUCACAGCCGUGCAAUCGCCAUAGACAAACAUGGCACCGUCGUAGAAUGCCACCUUUCCAACAAGUCAGUUUGUCAAAUUUCUGCCCUGCUAGAGCUACCCAGGUCAACUGUAUGUGGUGUUAUUGUGAAGUAGAAAUGUCUAGGAGCAACAACGGCUCAGCCGCGAAGUGGUAGGCCACACAAGCACACAGAACGGGACAACCGAGUGCUGAAGCACGUAGCGAGUGAAAAUCAUCUGUUAUAGCAGCAAAGGGGGGGGGGGAUCAACUCCAUAUUAAUGCCCAUGAUUUUGGAAUGAGAUGUUCGACGAGCAGGUGUCCACAUACUUUUGGUAAUGUAGUGUAUGUUCGGUGUGUGUGUGUGUGUGUGAGAAAUGGGGGAUUGUUGUGUAAUGAAUUCUGUUAAAAGAGCUCAGCCAUGAGAACAGGCAUGAAAUAUUCAGAGACGAGCUGACUGGACUAGCUGUCACAACACACAUACGCACGCACACACACACACAGUCAGAAACUUUCACUCGCUCUUUCUUCUUGGGGGGGGGGCUCAGGGUGCUGUCACUCAAGCCUGCUGCUAUUGAUGUCACAUGUCCCCAAGAAGGUACAUCAUCCUAGGACACGCACUCAAACACCACACACAUACACCCACUCAAACACACACACCAUCUGCAGCUGUUUUUUUCAGAGGAAUAUCACUGUGACAGUCUCUCUUCCUCUGUUCUGUCUUUCUCUACACUUCUCUCUCCCCCCUCCUUUCUCUCCCCCCUAUCUCUCCCCCCUCUCUCCCCUCUAUCUCUCCCCCCUCUCUCGCCCGCUCUCUCUGCCCCCUCGCUCUCUCGCUCUCUGUGCCCCCCUUGCUCGCUCUCUUCCCCCCCCCCUCCUCCCUCAGCUCUUGGCUCUGUGUUUGGGUAUAUUCAUAGAUCCCAGCUGUCCACCAACUCCUCUCUGUACUCAGGGGGGUCACUAUGUUAUUUAAUUGGUUCCAAAAACUUACACACACACACACACACACACGUUUUUCCCUGCAACAGGUGUGAUGUCAGUAGGAGCGCGGCAAGGCGCCACACGUCACCAUGGCUACUAGCUGGCACCAGGCGACCAUGCUGCUCAGCCCUCCUCUCUGUCAUCAUCCUCCCCUCCCUCAGUCCCCCUCUUCUUCCCAUCCCUUGCUGCAUCUCUGUCUCUGUCUCUCUGUCUGUCUGUGUCUCUCUCCCCACCCCUCUGGUGGUGUGGUGAAAGGCAUUCUGGGAUAGACAGGCUAGUGAAGAGGCUGAUAGGGCCAGGCAGGAGAUGGACAAAUGGGUUGUCAUGGGAACAAACGGAUGACAUGGCUGUGCUGCUGUCACUUGCAUCAUAUCGCCAUGCCAACCCCAGAUGGACUACGGCUGUUUCCUCUCCCCUCUCAUCAGCCAGAACACAACCUGUCUUUUCCCUGUAUUUAUUCCACUCAUUCUCUCACUCUAUCUACUGUCUCCUGUUUUCCACUCGGACCACAUGAUGGUCUCUUCUCCCCUCUGUGAUAUAGAAAUUCAGAGGCAAAAGUUGAGGUGUGUGUGAGUGAGCCAGGUCCUGGAUAAAGAUUAGCAAAGAAGACUGUAUAAAAUAAAUAAUACAAAUACUGAGCUAUAUUGUAUGAGGGAAAAAAAGGGAAAUGUAUAUUAUUGUAUACUAAUAGAAAUUAGAAAUGUUUGUUUAACAAGUAGUCGAAUGUAAUCUAAAAAAGAUGGGGAUCAAAAUGAUCUUGCUGGAAGAUCCACUUGUAGUUUCAGCCUCCUGGCAGAGGCAACCAGGUUUCUGGCUUAAAUGUCCUGGUACUGGGCAAAGUUCAUGAUGCCUUUCACCUUAACAAGGGCCCCAGGACCAGUGGAAGAAAAACAGCCCCAUAACAUCAAAGAUCCACCACCAUAUUUUACAGUAGGUAUGGGGUUCUUUUCUGCAUAUGAUUCCUAUUUUCUAUUCCAAACCCACCUUCGGUGUGCAUGGCCAAAGAGCUCUUUUCAUGUCAUCACCAAAUGUAAAUGCCUGCAGUUUGCUAAACGGCAUUGGCAUUUGGAUUGGAACCAGUGCUAUGGUCAGAUGACAUAGAAAUAGAGCUCUCCGGCUGUGUGCACCCUAGUGGUGGAUUUGGCGUCUGAAAAAAAUAGUACUUGUUAAACAAAAUCUCUUUCUCUGAGCAAUUGUAUUAGUAUAAUAUAAUAUCCCAAUAUUUUGAGCAUACAAUAUUGCUCAGUCUUUGUAUUUAUUUUAUACAGGCUUUUUUGGUCAUCUUUAUCAAGGGUGCCAAUCAUUUUGGACCUGACUUUAUUUUGCACUGCUUUGAUAGAACAAACACAUGCUGUACUGUACACAACCAUCAGAAAGACCCAGAUUUCCUAAGAGUUUCCACUUGCUAUUUCUCAGCACUGUUGAAAAAUGAAACUGCCUUUAUACUUAUUUGAGUCCUUCUCUUUCUUUUAGGUCGGCAUGUUUGUUUUCUUCUCUUAAAAAUUGUCUCUUAACUUGGAGUUGAUGCCAAUGCUUAGUUAGUCAUGCACUUAAGACACCAUGCUGUUUUGUCCCUUUAAAAAAAAAAUCAUACUGUGUACACACUUUGAAUUUUCAUGUGAAACACAUGAGUGUGUCCUGUCGGGACGCUAUGCUGACGCACUGUGGGGGGGGGGGGGGGGGUGUACGUCACUCACAUUCUCCUACUGGCCAAGUCAGGAUGGAACACACACACACACACACACACACAGGUAACCAAGGGGACUAGGGCCUGUGAAUACCUGUGGGCGGCAAGUAGCUUAGUGGUUAAGAGCGUUGUGCCAGUAACCGAAAGGUCGCUGGUUCUAAUCCCUGAGCCGACUAGGUGAAAAAUCUGUCUGUGCCCUUGAGCAAGGCACUUAACCCUAAUUGCUCCUGUAAGUCGCUCUGAAUAAGAGCGUCUGCUAAAUUACUAAAAUGUACAAUUUAACAGGUGGGGUUGGCUUACAAUCAAAGGAUUGUUGACAACAUGUGAACUAUAUUUCCUUUCUUCCUUUCCAUCCCUCCUUUUUCCCUCAUCUCUCUACUUGUCUCUGUUUCAUUCUUAUUCCCUUACUCUCCAACUCUCCUGUCUUCACUCCACUGUUGUUCUCCGCCAUCCUUCAUGUCUGUGAGACGUCACAGCUCCCUUGACCCCUCCACCCCCCUCCCUCACUCUCCCCUCCCUCUCUCCUUAUCUUCUGAAAUAUAAUCUGUUUAUUUCUUUCUGCAGAAGAGGAGAGAGGGAGUGGAGGAGAACAACAUGUUUGCUGACGGGAGGGUUGUUGAUGCAUUAUUCUGUUUGUUCCUCCUCUCUCUCCCUCCAUCCUUCACUCUGAGCCCCUGUUCCUGAGUUAUUACACUAAUCACCAGUGAGCUGAGAGCUUUACACACUGACAGGCCAAUCCACACACACACACAUUUUCUCUCUAGUCUUUUCUCCUCGUCUCAAAUUUUCUGCUUUAGUUCCCACAGUAAAGACUCCUCCCACUCUCUGCCUGUCCUUCACUUUCUAUUAUAAGGUUUAUUCAGUUUUGACAUUACCAGUACACUAAUAUUAUAUAGGAGAUUUACUGUGAAUUGAUUGAGCUAGCGUCGCGUAAUACGAUGUAUGUGCACCCAUUUAUACAUGACAGAAGGGACACGGAGUCCUGUGCUAAAGUCAAAUACCUGUGUGUGUGCAUGCAUACAUUAUAAUGUCCCAUGAUUGGAGUGUUUUUGUUUGAUUAAUUAGUCAUUAUUUGUGAUCUAGAACAUGUGUCUAUCCCCCUCCAUCCCUCACCUACACACACACACACACACCUCUGAAUGACUCAACCUGGGUGAAGAUGAAUGUGCUAGCAUGGGUUUCUGUCCUCACUUGUAGCAUACAACCCUGAGUGUGUUUGAGUUUGUGCUUUGAUGUGUGUUAAUGGGGCACUCUCAUUGUGAAUAGCUUAUAGAGUGUAGCUCUACUCUGCCAAGUCAGCCAUUACGCAAUAUUGAACUACCUACCGCCCUCUCACUUGCUGAUUUGCUUUCCGUCUUUUUCUCCUUCUUUCUACCUCUCCCUGUCUUGUGGUAUUUCUACCUCAAUUCCAGUCUCUACCUCUCUCCCUCUUUUCUCUCUCUUGCUGUAUUGCUCCUUUGUCUUCUCUCUGUGCUUAUCCUCCUCUGUCUCUCUCUCUGUCUCUCUGUCUCUCUCUCUCUGUCUCUCUCUGUCUCUCUCUCUCUGUCUCUCUCUGUCUCUCUCUCUCUGUCUCUCUCUGUCUCUGUCUCUCUCUCUCUCUCUCUCUCUCUCUCUCUCUCUCUCUCUCACUCCUGCAAUGUUGCUCCCUAGCCUCCUUUCUCUUCUGUCUUUCUUUGUUUACAUGUUAGUCAUUUAGCAGACGCUCUUAUACAAUUAGUGCAUUCAUCUUAAGAUGGCUAGGUGGGACAACCACAUCACAGUCAUAGUCAGUACAUUUUCCCUCAAAGUAGCUAUCAGCAAAGUCAGAGCUAGUAAUGGGGAAAAGAGCCAAGUGUUAGUUGGGGGGGGGGGGGGUUAUUUAAAAUACUCUUUGAAGAGGUAGGGCUUCAGAUAUUUUCAGAAGAUGGGCAGAGACUCUGCUGUCCUAGCUUCAAGGGGAAGCUGGUUCCACCAUUGGGGUGCCAGGACAGAAAAGCACUUGGACUGGGCUCUGCACUGGCUGCCUGUGAGUUUUUUAUAGAAUAAAUGAAGAUUCUUCUAUCGGUUUUUAAAUCAAUCCACGACUGUGCACCCUAAUACAUGUCAGACAUGCUCCCUCAGGUCCUCUGGCAUUGGCAUUUUAACUAUCCCAAAGCCUGGGACCAAGAGGCAUAGAGAGGCAGCCUUGAGUUUUUAUGCUCCCAGCCUCUGGAAUAGCCUGCCAGAGAACCUGAGUGGGGCCGGAACUGUGGACAUAUUUAAAAGAGAUCUUAAAACACACCUUUUUAGCUUUGCUUUUCCUCAGGGUGCUUUUUAGUCGUUCUUAUGUUUGUUGUGUCGUAAAUGUGGACACCCCUUCAAGUUAGUGGAUUUGGCUAUUUCAGCCACACUCGUUGCAGACAAACAUUGGCAGUAGAAUGGCCCGUACUGAAGAGCUCCAUGACUUUCAACAUGGCACCGUCAUAGGAUGCCACCUUUCCAACAAGUCAGUUUGUCAAAUUUCUUCCCUGCUAGAGCUGCCCCGGUCAACUGUAAGUGCUCUUAUUGUGAAGUGGAAAAGUCUAGGAGCAACAACGGCUCAGCCGCGAAGUGGUAGGCCUCAGAAGCUCACAGAACGGGACCGGCGAGUGCUGAAACUCGUAGCGCAAUGCACGUGUCGGCUGGAGUGGUGUAAAGCUCGCCAGCAUUGGACUCUGAAGCAGUGGAAACGCGUUCUCUGGAGUGAUUAAUCACGCUUCACCAACUGGCAGUCCGACGGACGAAUCUGGGUUUGGCGGAUGCCAGGAGAACGCUACCUGCCCGAAUGCAUAGUGCCAACUGUAAAGUUUGGUGGAGGAGGAAUAAUGGUAUGGGGCUGUUUUUAAAAGGUUCGGUCUAGGCCCCUUAGUUUAAGUGAAGGGAAAUCGUAACGCUACAGCAUACAAUGAGAUUCUAGACGAUUCUGUGCUUCCAACUUUGUGGCAACAGUUUGGGGAAGGCCCUUUGCUGUUUCAACAUGACAAAGCCCCUGUGCACAAAGCGAGGUCCAUACAGAAAUGGUUUGUUGAGAUCAGUGUGGAAAAACUUGACUGGCCUGCACAGAGCCCUGACCUCAACCCCAUCGAACACCUUUGGGAUGAAUUGGAAAGCCAAUGCGAGCCAGGCUUAACCGGCCAACAUCAGUGCCCGACCUCCCUAACGCUCUUGUGGCUGAAUGGAAGCAAGUCCCACAGCAAUGUUCCAACAUCUAGUAGAAAGCAAUCCCAAAAGAGUGGAUGCUGUUAUAGCAGCAAAGUGGGGACCAACUCAUUAUUAAAGCCCAUGAUUUUGGAAUGAGAUGUAAGACAAGCAGGUGUCCACAUACUUUUGGCUAUGUAGUGUUUUUCAGUUUUUAUUUAAAUUGUUUUUUAUACUGAACAAAAAUAUAAAUGCUACAUGUAAUGUGUGGUCCCAUGUUUCAUGAGCUGAAAUAAAAGAUCCCAGAAAUGUUCCAAUACGCACAAAGCUUAUUUCUCUCAAAUGUUGUGCACAUUUGUUUUGUUUACAUUCCUGUUAGUGUGCAUUUCUCCUUUCCCUGGAUAUUCCCCACCUGUCCGGUGGAUGGAUUAUCAAGAAGCUGAUUUAAACAGCAUGAUCAUUACGAAGGUGCAGCUUGUGCUGGGGACAAUAAAAGGCAACUAAAAUGUGCAGUUUUGUCACACAACACAAUGCCACAGAUGUGUCAAGUUUUGAGGGAGCGUGCAAUUGGCAUGCUGACUGCAGGAAUGUCCACCAGAGCUGUUGCCAGAGAAUGUAAUGUUCAUUCAGAGAAUUUGUCAGUACGUCCAAACGGCCUCACAACCGCAGACCACGUGUAACCAGGCCAGCCCAGGGCCUCCACAUCCGGCUUCUUCACCUGCUGGAUUGUCUGAGCCCAGCUGAUGAAACUGUUGGUUUGCAUAACCAAAUAAUUUUUGCACAAACUGUCAGAAACCGUCCCAGGGAAGCUCAUCUGUGUGCUCGUCAUCCACACCAGGGUCUUGACCUGACUGCAGUUCUGACUUCAGUGGGCAAAUGCUCUCCUUCGGUGGCCACUGGCACGCUGGAGAAGUGUGCUCUUCACAGAUGAAUCCCGGUUUCAACUGUACCGGGCAGAUGACGAGAUCCUGAGGUCCAUUGUCGUGCCAUUUAUCCGCCGCCAUCACCUCAGGUUUCAGCAUGAUAAUGCACAGCCCUAUGUGGCAAGGAUCUGUACACAAUUCCUGGAAGCUGAAAAUGUCCCAGUUCUUCCAUGGCCUGCAUACUCACCAGACAUGUCACCUAUUGAGCAUGUUUGGAAUGCUCUGGAUCGACGUGUAUGACAGCAUUUUCCAGUUCCCACACCUCCACAUAGUUGAUCAGGCUGUUGAUUGUGGCCUGUGGAAUGUUGUCCCACUCCUCUUCAAUGGCUGUGCGACACACCUCCAACUAUGUGGAGGUGUGUCGCGCUGCAUGAGGCAAAUGGUGGUCACACCAUAUACUGACUGGUUUUCUGAUCCACGUCCCUACUUUUUUUUUUUAUGUAUCUGUGACCAACAGAUGCAUAUCUGUAUUCCCAGUCAUUCCAUAGAUUAGGGCCUAAUGAAUUUAUUUCAAUUGACUGAUUUCCUUAUAUGAACUGUAACUCAGUAAAAUCUUUGAAAUUGUUGCAUGUUGCGUUUUUAUAUUUUUGUUCAGUGUAUUCAUUUUUUUCUGUGAAGCCCAUUCUGUUGCAUUCCAUGUCUGAAAUGUGCUGUAUAAAUAAAGCUUGAUUUGAUUUAGGCUGAGCGGGAGCCGUAGGGUUGGGAGUACAAGAGACCUGAGGUGGCAGAACGGUUUGGGGUGUAGGGUUUGAGCAGAGCCUGAAGGUAGGGAGGGGCUUGCUGCUCCGUAGGCAAGCACCAUGGUCUUGUAGUGGGUGCGCUCUGCGACUGGAAGCCAGUGGAGUGUACGGAGGAGAGCGGGGUGACAUGGGAGAAUUUGUGAAGGUUGAACACCAGGCAGGCUGCAGCAUUCUGUUUCUUUUGAUUUAUUUGCCUCUGUUUCUCCUAGCUUAGAAUGUAGCUGUACUCUGCCAAGUCAGUCAUUACACAAUAUUGAACUACCUACCUUCCUCUCUCUCUUGCAGGAUCGCUGAUUUCCAUAUCCUCUCUUUUUUUUCCUCCCUCUCCUCCUUUUGUCUCUCACUCUCUUGCAGUAUUUCUCCCUCAAUUCCUCUCUACCUCUUUCUUUCAGUACCUCCCUCUUUUUUUCUCUUGCUGUAUUUCUACUUUGUCUCCUCUGAGCUUAUCAUCCUCUUUCUCUCUCUCUCUCUCUCUCCUGCAAUAUUGCUCCCUAGCCUCCUCCCUCUCUUAUCCGUCCCUCUGUUCUCUUGCUCUCUUGUUUGUUAACUCAGUGUCUCUUGUUUGUUCUGCCUCUGUUUCUCCUUGACCACUGACUCUCCUCUUAGGUCCCAGCCAUCCUGAAGAGCCGUGGUGGAUUUAAACAUACACAUAUAGGUAUCUGCCAAAAUAAAGGAAACGCCAACGUAGUGUUUUGAAUAAGGCGUGGGCCACCAUGAGCCAGAAUGGCUUCAAUGCACCUUGGCAUAGAUUCUACAAGUGUCUGGAACUCUAUUGGAGAGAUGAAGACACCAUUAUUCCGUGAGAAAUUCCAUAAUUUGGUGUUUUGUUGAUGGAGGUGGAAAAACGCUGUCUCAGGCGCCGCUACAGAAUCUCCCAUAAAUGUUCAAUUGGGUGGAGAUCUGGUGACUGAGACGGCACAUAUGGUUUGUAUCAUUUUCAUGCUCAUCAAACCAUUCAGUGACCACUCGUGCCCUGUGGAUGGGGGCAUUGUCAUCCUAUGGGGCCAUAGCCAUGGUAGCCAAAAUAAUGGCCUGCCCAGCAUUUUUAUACAUGACCCUAAGCAUAAUGGGAUGUUAAUUGCUUAAUUAACUCUGGAACCACACCUGUGUGGAAGCACCUGCUCUCAAUAUACUUUGUAUCCCUCAUUUACUCAAGUGUUUCCUUUAUUUUGGCAGUUACCUGUAUGUGAUAUGUAGGGCCAGGGGUUCUUCCUGGUCACAUCAUGAAAACACUGCUUUGUAUUGAAAUAUGUACUGUACUGUGAGAUAGAUAGAUAUGCCUUCCCGCAUGCACACACCCAUGAACACACACACUCUUUCCCUAACUGUGUUGUGUGGUUUGUCCCCAGGGUCAGGGUAUCCCUACACUCAGGCUCCACCCCGGGACUUUCUAUCUGGUAAACCCAAACAACCAUUAUGAUUAUCACCACAUCCUAACGUAUUAAAACAUUAUUAAACAAUAAUAAUACCUACUGAACCGUAUUAAACACAUUCAAGGUGGGUCCUAAUCCCCCCGCCCCCCCCCAUUAAUAAUGCCAUCAAUUAAACAACAACACCAUCUGUCUGUCUCAUUGUGAAGGCUUCAAAGUGUUUUUUUUAUGAUGCUGUGUGUGUGUGUGUGUGUGUGUGUGUGUGUGUGUGUGUGUGUGUGUGUACGUUUUACUAUACGUGUGAGUACCAGUAGCCCUCACAAGAAUAGCAAACCAACUAAAAUUAAGAUAAGUGAGAACAUUUUGCUGGUCCUCACUUGUAAAAAGGCAAUUUUAGGCUAAGGGAUUAGGUAGGUUUAAGAUUAGGGGAUUUUAUUUUUUGAAUGGGAAUAAAUUCUUGGUCCCCAGAAAGUAUAGUGACAUAGGUGUGUGUAUGUCAGUAACAGGUUGAAGUAAGGCUGGCACAAUUACUGUGGAAAUGACGGUUAUGGAUGAAUACCGUCAUAAAAAUAAAAUAACUGUCAUAACCGGGUGGGUUUAAAAGAGAAAAAAUAGACUGAAGACAGGACGGCCGGGCAUUCGUGCGUUUGAGUCAGUUUCUGAGGUAACAUGAUUAAACUUUGUUGCCUCUUGCUGAAACAAGGGUUAGCACAUUCCUGGAUCCUUGGGAUGUCCCUACCCUAAACCAUAACCCUUACCUUAAAGGAUAUUUUUAUUUUUAUUUUUAUUUUAUUUUUUUAACCAAAUCUAAAAAAAAAAAUUAUGCAAAUGCCAUGUUAUAGAAGGGUCCAGACACCUUUUUUCAUUUUCCCUUGUUUUUGAGAAACUUACCGCAACCAGCGAUUUCAUUUCCUCAUCCUCGUUGUGCAGUACUGGGGCUCUGAAAAAACAUAUUAACAUAUGCUCCAAAAACACCCAAAUACACCAUUUUAGAAACGGAAACGGUCACUAUAGUGAUGCAGGUCUUUAGAAGUUGGACACGUGAAAUUGUCCGCAACGUUAUAUUCUAUUUUGUGCGACUUGAGCCAUUUCCUCUAUCCAGCUGUUCUGUUCUGUGUAGCCUGCUGCUACAGGUAACUACCAUAAUAAAGGAAACUUGCCUUUGGCAUAAAGUCUACAAGUAUCUUGAACUUCCUGUGUGGAAGCACCUGCUUUCAAUAUACUUUGUAUCCCUCAUUUACUCAAGUGUUUCCUUUAUUUUGGCAGUUACCUGUAGAAUGGACGGUGAGGUAUCUCUCGAGUUGCAACAAAAUGGAAUAUAACAUUGCGGAUAAAGGUCGGAAUUACAAUGUUAUGUGUACAACGUCUAAAGAGCUGCAUCACUAUACGGAGAGCAAUUCCAUUUCAAAAAGGACAUACAGUGCUUUCGGAAAGUAUUCAGACCCCUUGACUUUUUCCACAUUAUGUUACAUUACAGCCUUAUUCUAAAAUGUAUUAAAUUGUUUUUUCCCCCUCAUUAAUCUACACACAAUAACACAUAAUGACAAAGCAAAAACUGGUUUUUAGAAAUGUUUGCAAACAAAACGGAAAUAUUACAUUUACAUAAGUAUUCAGACCCUUUACUCAGUACUUUCUUGACGCACCUUUGGCAGCAAUUACACCUUCAAGUCUUCUUGGGUAUGACGCUACAAGCUUGACACACCUGUAUUUGGGGAGUUUCUCCCAUUCUUCUCUGCAGAUCCUCUCAAGCUUGUUCGGGUUGGAUGGGGAGCGUUGCUGCGCAGCUAUUUUCAGGUCUCUCCAAUAGAUGUUCGAUCGGGUUCAAGUCUGGGCUCUGGCUGGGCCACUCAAGGACAUUCAGAGACUUGUCCCGAAGCUACUCCUGCGUUGUCUUGGCUGUGUGCUUAGGGUUGUUGUGCUGUUGGAAGGUGAACCUUCGCCCUAGUCUGAGGUCCUGAGCGCUCUGGAGCAGGUUUUCAUCAAGGAUCUCUUUGUACUUUGGUCCGUUAAUCUUUCCCUCGAUCCUGACUAGCAAAGAGUCUGAAUACUUAUGUAAAUAAGGUAUUUCCAGUUUUUUAAUUUUUUAUGAAUUUGCUAAAGUUUCUAAAAACCUGUUUUCACUUUGUCAUUAUGGAGUAUUGUGUGUAGAUUGAGGAUUUGUUUUUAUUUAAUCCAUUUUAGAAUAAGUCUGUAACUUAACAAAAUGUGUCGAAGGGGUCUGAAUACUUUCCGAAUGCACUGUAUUUGGGUGUUUUUCAGAGCCUGCCAAACUGCACAACAAGGAUGAGGAAAUGAAUCGCUGGUUGGGGUAAGUUUCUCAACAAGUGAACUCGCUAAAAAAGUGAAUGGGCCCUUCUAUAACAUGCCAUUUACAUCAACAAAAGAGAUUUGGUUGUAAAAAAGAUUCUCCUUUAACCAUUUUAAAAAUGUAAACUUCAAUGGGGUGACGUCAGAGUUGGGAAGUCCGAAGGUGUUGUAGAAAAUGAGUCUUUAGUUGCCUAGGAAUCCCCCCUCCCCCCAAGGAAUAUAUGUAAUUUUAUCAAGUUUUACAUUUUAGUCAUUUCGCAGACGCUCUUAUCCAGAGCGAUUUACAGUUAGUGAGCGCAUACAUUUUCAUACUGGCCUCCCGUGGGAAUCGAACCCACAACCCUGGCGUUGCAAACGCCAUGCUCUACCAACUGAGCUACACGGGACUAUCAGAUGGAAUUUUAUCAGAUGACAUCGAGUGGUACUUCAGAUUAUCACCGGUGUCUGUAAUGACUGUAUCUCUGGCCUUCUGUGGGACUUAUCACAUGUAAAAUAUAUAACAAAACAUUUUAAAAUGGAAUGACUGCUGUAAAAUGGAUCCUAAAUAUAAACCAUCAACUUGUUGAAUUAUCAUUUUUUGUUUUAAUAUUAGGGUUUCAGCAUGAAAUAUCACUUCAAUGUUUUUACACACUUAUUUAUUUUACUGUGUCAGUCUUUUUGUAAAUGUUUUGGGGCGAAACGACAUGUUUUGAAAAAAGACAAUAGUUGGAAGAGUUGCAAAGUUAAUUGAUAAUAACGUCAUUGUUAAUUACAUGCUUUUUUCAUUCAUUAGGCUAUUUUCUCUUGAACCAUAUGGUCUAUCCACUAGAAACUCAUGGAGAAUAUGGACACAGAUAUAAAAUAUUUAUACAAAAAAGUAAGUUAUUAAAGUAUAAAUUACCAAAGUUACCAUAGAUUCCAAUAACUUUGGUAAAUAAAUGACCAGUAGAUCUGCAACCCUAGCUAUAACCCAUGGCCUCAUCAUGCCCCAGCUACAUACAUCUUAUAGAGUAGUGGGUUUUCAAGAGGGAGUAACUUUUUUGUUCUGGUGAAAUGGAGAAUUACUACUAUCCUUCUCUCUCUCUGCACACACAAACACUAGCUACACUGCCUGAAGUCAUGCAUUAAUCAAAGGUGUGUGUGUGUGUGUGUGUACUUGUGUGAGGGAACAACUACAGCUCUUUUCUGCCCAGGGUUAUGUUGCCUGACUAAUAAAGAGAAAUCCAUGUAUUAGUAUGGGUCUGGAGGGAGACGGAUGGCUUUGAUUUAAGCAGUGAGAACUACAGUAUGACAGAGUGAUCAAUAUACAGGCCAGUUCGCCCUGCUUUAAGAACACUAAAAUGAUCCAUGACCACACACUCUUAUUAAUGCCUUAAUUAUCAGGCCGUGUGUGUGUGUGUGUGGGUGUGUGCUGCUCCCCUAUUUGGUCCUGAGGCAAUUGUCUUGUCUGCUUAAUUUAGUAAAUUACAGAACGAACUAAAUAUUACUUUUCAAUGUUGCCUGCUCCUGAGCAUUCUCACUACUUAGAAAAACAUAUUGUAGGGCUUUCAUUUACAUUUUACAUUUUCCUCAUGCCCCUUUUCAUGACGUUGCUAACAGCCAUGUGAGUGCUAGCUACCAACCGGAACGUUAAGAUGGCAGAGACCAACAACACAAACAAAUGGACUGUACAGCUACAAGUAGUGAGUGGAGUUACAAAAAAGCCAAUACUAAACAAGUUAAAUGUCUUACCUGUGAUGAAAUGUUUCCCACACACAUAGUUACGUGUAGCCUACAUGGACACCGGGUGGAAUAGCUUGAAGCCACACGGCUCUUCUCACAGGCUCUAUUUCCCUACGUGGGAGCAUUGCAACACAUAGGUCGGGAUUUUGUACCUGGUUACAUUUACAUUGAACAACACAGCAGCUUUUCGGCAUGUUUUUGUUAUUUCUUUAACUAAAAAUCUACAAUGAAGUUUGCUCUUUUACAAUGGGAGUCAAUGGGAAAGAAUGUUUGUUUUACCCAAUUUGUCGGCGUGGUCGAGGGGAAUUCUUUAUGACGUGAAUAUCGACUCUGAGUAUUGCAUGAGCCACAUCAGUUAAGAUCAUUUGAACAAACAUUCUACAUUACCAUGGAAAUUAUUACACAAUACCAGGCAGCCAUUGGGAGUGUACCCAUUAGUUUACCAGUCAAAUUGCCAGGGUUAGAUGUUCCAAGCACAUUCUAUUUAUUCUUAUUUCUAUGUGUAAGCCUGUGCUCUCAUAAUGUAUUUUAUAUGUAUUAAACAUAUCUAUACAACUAUUGGCACUAAAAUGUAUGUGCAUAUUUGAGUGGAUCUACAGUAUGUGAAAUGCCUACAGUAUAUAUUUAUGCACAUUAUAAAUGUGUUUCACACCUCAAUGAUUUUGUGUGUGUGUCAGCAGAAUGGUUGAAACAGUGUGAAAAGUGCGUUGUGUAGCUGCAGUGAACUGCAGAGUGGAAGAGCUGACUCUGCAUCGAGAGAGAGGGACCGGAAAAGUAAAGGUCGAGCGUUAGACUGGGGGAGUGGGGGGAUUGGAAUGAGGGAGAGUGGGGUCAGGAAGCGAGGGGAAGUUUGAGAGAGAGAGGGAAGGCCUGGAGAAGGAGAGUGGGGUCAGGGAGAGCGGGGGAGUUUGAGAACGAGAGGGAGAGCGGGAGUUUGAGAAAGAGCGGGAUAGUAUGAGGGAAGACCUGGGAGAGGGAGGGGGAAAAUAAAGGCAGAAAAGAGAGGGAGCAUAGAAGGGGACUGACUAAGGGAGAGAAAGUGAAUGAGAGAAGAAGAAAGAGGGAAAGAGGAGGGAUAGGGAAAGAGGAGGGAUAGGGAAAGAGGGAAAGAGGAGGGAUAGGGAAAGAGGGAAAGAGGAGGGAUAGGGAAAGAGGGAAAGAGGAGGGAUAGGGAAAGAGGAGGGAUAGGGAAAGGGAGGGAGUGAAAGAAAGCAGCAGGUUUUUCUGCCCUUUGGUAAGCCAGGAAAUUAAGCAGCAAUCAUAGCCUACUGCUCCCCUGUGUGUCACCAUUGAUUAUUACUCUGUCUCUCUCAUCACUCGCUUUAUCCGUAUCUCCCUCUCGCUCUUAAACUUUCUCUCUUCCUCUCUCUCACUCCUAACAUUCUCUCCCCACUUUUCUUUCUCUCUAUCUCAUUCACGCACAUUCACACUCUCCCACUUAUGGUAAUGAAUCCUCAUUGUGAUCAUCAAUGGCACCAUCUGGCCUUCUACAGUCAGCGUUGACUGUUGUUAUAAUGGUUCACCUCUGGUGGGAGGUUUCAGUUACUGUAAGGGGAAGGGACAUGUGUUGAGCAUCAUUGUUCUCAUAUCAUCAUGAUGAUUAGCAUCAUCUUCAUAAUUCUGUCCUCUCCAACAUCAUCAUCAUCAUAAUCGUCAUCAUCAUUGCCCUCACUAAUCAUCAUUAUCAAUAUUGUGAUAAAGAAAACAUAUUAGCAUAGUGGGCCUCUGAGUACUGGGUCAAAAGCAGUGUUGUAAAAGUAAUCUGAUUACAUAACGUUGUUUGUGAUUACUUUGAGUAAUGGAGUAAAGUAACGCGUAACUUUUUCAAAUUGGGUAAUAUUAUUACAGUUACUUUGUCAAAGAACGCGUGCGUUAUGUUUAGAAUCAUAUCUCUACCGGGUGCGUGUUUCCACGAUCUGCUCUUGACUUGUUUCCUCAUUUAGUUCUCAAGCAAGCGGAGAAAGGCUGUUUGGAGAAAUGUCAUGACAGCUGCUGUCCAUAGAAAUGUAUAAAGGGGGCAUCUCUGAUCUUUGCAUUGAUCGUUUCUGUGAUAGCAAAGCCCAUAGUGGACAUUCCCGUCUAGUGGCAAGUGUGCCCUCUAUACAUCUCUAUGGGUCCGUGUACAUGCGGUCUAUAACCUGAACUGGUAGCGCAGCAAAGCAGCACCACAGAUGAAAGGAGAAACUAGUGAUCAAACCUGAGUUAGGCUACUUUCCAUCUUUGGUAGAGCUCGCCCUGCUCCCUCCACAGUCAAACAAAUUUAGAAAUGUUUUUUCAUAAAAGUAACGCAAAAUAAUAUAACUUGUUACUUUCCACACAAAGUAAUUUUGUAAAAUAACUUGUUACUUUUGUUAAAUGUAAUGAGUAAUAUGUAACAUUACUUUUUCAAGUAAAUAAUCCCAACACUGGUCAGGAGUUGUUCCACAAAAUCCAGGUCCUAGAUCUGAGCAGGACAAACUCCUCCCCUAGAACUGAGCAGGACAAACUCCUCCCCUAGAACUGAGCAGGACAAACUCCUCCCCUAGAACUGAGCAGGACAAACUCCUCCCCUAGAACUGAGCAGGACAAACUCCUCCCCUAGAACUGAGCAGGACAAACUCCUCCCCUAGAACUGAGCAGGACAAACUCCUCCCCUAGAUCUGAACAGGACAAACUACUCCCUUAGAUCUGAAUAACAGGUCCCACCUGUCCUCUAAGCAGGAUGGAGGAUAGAAGGGUUGUUGCCUUGACAACAUUCAUUGAAGAUUAUGGUGUGUGUGUGUGUGUGUGUGUGUGCAGUUUUGGACUAGGAUCAAAGUGUGUAUUGACGGAGAGAGAUUGGGACUAGCGCUCUCCACUUAGACUCACACUGAGAUAGGCAGGUAGCUUAGUGGUUAAGAGCGUUGUGCUAGUAACCGAAAGGUCGCUGGUUCUAAUCCCCGAGCCGACUAGGUGAAAAUCUGUCGACGUGCCCUUGAACAAGGCACUUAACCCUAAUUGCUCCUGUAAGUCGCUCUGGAUAAGAUGACUAAAAUGUAAAAAUGUAAAUGAGAUAGAAAGAACAGCAGAAAGAACUAAGAAGAAGAGAGGAAAGUAAAGACACAUGAGUUCAGAAAGAGAAGGCAAGAUGAAUGUAAUAGAGGGAGAUUUGGUGAGUAGAGUUUAGAGGGAGAAUGACAGUGAGAUUUAUCAGGUACCCCUCUGAGGCCUUCCUCCUCCCCAUCUUCUUCCAAGAUGGCGAGGUAGUGCAGUUGUUUUUUUAUCGUCUGUCUGUAAAUAGCCUGUAAAUACUCUAUUUUCGUACAUUUUUCGUACAUAUUUCCCUAUCAGACUUUUCAUCCUUCUACAAGAUAUACUUUCCUGCAACCCGCCUCACUCAAUGUGGAACGGAUUCUAUUAUUGACUUACCUUUAUCUAGAAUCUAGAAUCUCCAGUUGAAACUAGCUAGCCAGCUAACUAGCUACUUGCUAUUUGCUUUUAGCCACAGCUAAGGUGUUUUCAUCCAGAACAUUGGAUUUUUUCCGCGGGAUUAAUUUUAAUCACUGGACAUUGAUCACCGGAUAUUCGGCCAGUCUGCACAGCGCGUUAUCGACCCAGAACAUAUCAGUUCUUCCGCGGAAUCACUGAUUCACUGGACCUUUAACUCCGGAUUCAUCGCCACCAGCUGGCUACAACAAAACGGACGCUGUGGUCUGGCUAAUCAACCUGAGCUAGGCCCAUCUCCCGGCUAUCUACCUCUCUGUCAACCGGACGGGACCACCUAGUGUUGACACGGAGCCCCGCCGAUCCUACACGACUGGUCUGCCGACGAAAUCGUCUGAUGUGGUUACGACGUUAACCACGAAGAUUCCAUCCAUCUGCUAGCCCUGGCCCGCUAGCACACGCUAGCCGUGGCCUCUUACUAGUGUUUCACCACCGGACCUUAUGAUAACUCAGCUAUACAGCUGAUAUCUGCUGGACUGUUCCUUUUUACGGUACUACAUCCUGUUUAUGUUUAGCCUCAGCCCAAACAUGGUUAGUUUAUUGUUGUUUCGGUUAUUUCUAAUUGUACUAUAUCACUGUAGACCCCCCAGCCUAGCUAAACAUGCCUUAGUUAGCUCCUUUGUCCCUCCACCAAUACACUCAGAAACCGACUCAAUUGAUGCCUCUAGAGAUACUAUCUCUUUCAGUGUUACCCAACGCUUAGGUUUACCUCCACUUUACUCAUGUCCUUCCAUAUCCUUGUCUGUACAUAAUGCCCUGAAUCUUUUCUACAAUGCCCGGAGAACUGCCCCCUUUAUUCUCUGUACCCAACGCACUAGAAGACCAGUUCUUAAAGCCUUUAGUCGUAUCCUUAUUCUAGUCCUCCUCUGUUCCUCUGGUGAUGUAGAGGCUAACCCAGGCCCUGUAGCCCCCAGUAUCACUCCUACACCCCAGGAGCUAUCAUUUGUUGACUUCUGUAAUCGCAAAAGUCUUGGUUUCUUGCACAUAAAUAUCAGAAGUCUACUUCCUAAGUUUGAGUUAUUCACUGCGUUAGCACACUCUGCCAACCCUGAUGUUCUAGCAGUGUCUGAAUCCUGGCUCAGGAAGGCCACCAAAAAUUCUGAAAUUUCCAUCCCCAACUACAACAUUUUCCGUCUAGAUAGAACUGCCAAAGGGGGUGGAGUUGCAAUCUACUGUAGAGAUAGCCUGCAGAGCUCUAUCAUACUAUCCAGGUCUGUGCCCAAACAGUUUGAGCUUCUACUUCUAAAAAUCCACCUUUCCAGAAAUAAGUCUCUCACUGUUGCCGCUUGCUACAGACCCCCCUCAGCCCCCAGCUGUGCCCUGGACACCAUAUGUGAACUGAUUGCCCCCCAUUUAUCCUCUGAGUUUGUACUGCUUGGUGACCUAAAUUGGGAUAUGCUUAAUACCCCAGCCAUCCUACAAUCCAAGCUAGAUGCCCUCAACCUCACGCAAAUUAUCAACGAACCUACCAGGUACAACCCUAAAUCCUUAAACAUAGGUACCCUCAUAGAUAUCAUCCUGACUAACAUACCCUCUAAAUACACCUCAGCUGUCUUCAACCAGGAUCUCAGCGAUCACUGCCUUAUUGCCUGCGUCCGUAACGGGUCCGCGGUCAAACAACCACCCCUCAUCACUGUCAAACGCUCCCUAAAACACUUUAGCGAGGAGGCCUUCCUAAUUGACCUGGCCCAGGUAUCCUGGAUGGAUAUAGAUCUCAUUCCGUCAGUAGAGGAUGCCUGGUUGUUCCUUAAAAGUAAUUUCCUCUCAAUCUUAAAUAAACAUGCCCCUUUCAAAAAAUACAGAACUAAGAACCGAUAUAGCCCCUGGUUCUCCUCAGACUUGACUGCCCUUGACCAGCACAAAAACAUCCUGUGGCGUACAGCAUUAGCAUCAAAUAGCCCCCGCGAUAUGCAACUUUUCAGGGAAGUUAGGAACCAAUAUACACAAGCAGUCAGGAAAGCAAAGGCUAACUUUUUCAAACAGAAAUUUGCAUCCUGUAGCACUAACUCCAAAAAGUUUUGGGACACUGUAAAGUCCAUGGAGAAUAAGAGCACUUCCUCCCAGCUGCCCACUGCACUGAGGCUAGGAAACACUAUCACCACCGAUAAAUCUACAAUAAUCGAGAAUUUCAACAAGCAUUUUGCUACAGCUGGCCAUGCUUUCCAUCUGGCUACCACUAACCCGGCCACCAACUCUGCACCCUCUGCUGCAACUUGCCCAUGCCCCCCCCCGCUUCUCCUUCACACAAAUUCAGACAGCUGAUGUUUUGAAAGCGCUGCAAAAUCUGGACCCCUACAAAUCAGCUGGGCUAGACAAUCUGGACCCUUUCUUCCUAAAACUAGCCGCCGAAAUUGUCGCAACCGCUAUUACUAGUCUGUUCAACCUCUCUUUCAUAACGUCUGAGAUCCCCAGAGAUUGGAAAGCUGCCGCGGUCAUCCCCCUCUUCAAAGGGGGUGACACUCUAGAUCCAAACUGCUACAGACCUAUAUCCAUCCUGCCCUGCCUUUCGAAAGUAUUCGAAAGCCAAGUUAAUAAACAGAUCAUCGACCAUUUCGAAUACCACCGUACCUUCUCCGCUAUGCAAUCUGGUUUCCGAGCUGGUCACGGGUGCACUUCAGCCACGCUCAAGGUCCUAAACGAUAUUAUAACCGCGAUUGAUAAUAGACAGUACUGUGCAGCCGUCUUCAUCGACCUGGCCAAGGCUUUCGACUCUGUCAACCACCGCAUUCUUAUUGGCAGACUAAAUAGCCUUGGUUUCUCAAAUGACUGCCUCGCCUGGUUCACCAACUACUUCUCAGAUAGAGUUCAGUGUGUCAAAUCGGAGGGCCUGUUGUCUGGACCUAUGGCAGUCUCUAUGGGGGUGCCACAGGGUUCAAUUCUUGGGCCGACACUUUUCUCCGUGUAUAUCAAUGAUGUCGCUCUUGCUGCUGGUGACUCUCAGAUCCACCUCUACGCAGACGACACCAUUUUGUAUACAUCUGGCCCUUCAUUGGACACUGUGUUAACAAACCUCCAAACGAGCUUCAAUGCCAUACAACAAUCCUUCAGUAGCCUUCAACUGCUCUUAAACACUAGUAAAACUAAAUGCAUGCUUUUCAAUCGAACGCUGCUAGCACCCGCCCACCCGACUAGAAUCACCACUCUCGACGGGUCUGACCUAGAGUAUGUGGACAACUACAAAUACCUAGGUGUCUGGUUAGACUGUAAACUCAACUUCCAGACUCACAUAAAGAAUCUCCAAUCCAAAGUUAAAUCUAGGAUCGGCUUCCUAUUUCGCAACAAAGCCUCCUUCACUCAUGCUGCCAAACAUGCCCUCGUAAAACUGACUAUCCUACCGAUCCUUGACUUCGGCGAUGUCAUUUAUAAAAUAGCCUCCAACACUCUACUCAGCAAAUUGGAUGUAGUCUAUCACAGUGCCAUCCGUUUUGUCUCCAAAGCCCCAUACACUACCCACCACUGUGACCUGUACGCUCUUGUUGGCUGGUCCUCACUACAUGUUCGUCGUCAAACCCACUGGCUCCAGGCCAUCUAUAAAUCACUGCUAGGCAAAUCCCCGCCUUAUCUUAGCUCAUUGGUCACCAUAGCAGCACCCACCCGUAGUCUGCGCUCCAGCAGGUAUAUCUCACUGGUCAUUCCCAAAGCCAACACCUCCUUUGGCCGCCAUUCCUUCCAGUUCUCUGCUGCCAAUGACUGGAACGAAUUGCAAAAAUCUCUGAAGCUGGAGACUCUUAUCUCCCUCAAUAACUUUAAGCAUCAGUUGUCAGAGCACCUUACCGAUCACUGCACCUGUACACAGCCCAUCUGAAAUUAGCCCACCCAACUACCUCAUCCCUAUAUUGUUAUUUAAUUUGCUCUUUUGCACCCCAUUAUCUCUAUUUGCACAUAAUCUCUUGCACAUCUAGCAUUCCAGUGUUAAUACUAUUGUAAUUAUUCUGCACUAUAGCCUAUUUAUUGCCUUACCUCCAUAACUUGCUACAUUUGCACACACUGUAUAUAUAUUUUCUGUUGUAUCUCUGACUUUAUGUUUUUUUUUUUACCCCAUAUGUAACUCUGUGUUGUUUUUUGUUGCACUACUUUGCUUUGUCUUGGCCAGGUCACAGUUGUAAAUGAGAACCUGUUCUCAACUGGUUUACCUGGUUAAAUAAAGGUGAAAUAAAAAAAAAAAAAAAAAAUCCAUCUGUGCCAUUUAAUGUGUAUCAGCCAUCAGCCCCCCCCGGCUCACACACCCAUCAGACUAAUGGCUGGGCUGAUAGCUGGGCUCAGGCUACAGGUGCUGACAUACACUGAUCUCAGACCUCCCUGGGAAGCUCUCCUUUCACCUGCUCUUAACACACACGCUUUCCUUAACACACACACACACACUUAGAGCAGAAUGAGAGCAACUACUGGGGGUUAGCUCCGGCUUUCAGGUCGUAUGUCCUCAUCACCUGUCUUACACUGAGCCCUAGAACAGAACAGGAGUUUUCACCUUAGUGUUUUAAUCAGUUGUCAUCCUGUCAUGCCAUUCUCCCUUAUGGCUGAAAUGAUUUAAUUGAGAUUCCCCUUUACAACCCUAAACCCCCACUAGAGAAGCAGGUAGUGAAGCAAGAAGGAGAGUUUGUCAUUACUCCAUUAACCAGCAGUGAGUAGUAUCAUCAAGUACGUUUUACAUGCACACUAAUAAUUCAAUAUUAAAUUGAUUAUGGAAAUGGUCAUGUAAACACCUUACUCUGCUUAUCUUAAUUGAUGUAAGGUCAAAAUCGAAGUAAGCAUACAGCGAUUAAAACAGCUGGUUUUCUGAGAAAUCUUAAGAAUUAUUAGGACAUGUAAACAGCUUAAUCAGCGUUCCAGUGGUGUAUUUCCAGUUCCAGUGGCGUUCCAGUGGUGUAUUUCAUCUGCCAGCACCGAGUAGCCCAGCUAUCAGCCCAGCCAUUAGUCUGAUGGGUCUCAUGCGCGAGUGAAGUGAGUUCGGAAAAACUGAAAGUAUGCAUCUUAGAAAUAGUUUUCAGAUACAAACCUUAUGUCCGAACUCCGAAUCAAGUAGGCUUCGCAAAAAUAACAUGGUCGCUGUGAUAGAAAGUUUAUUUUGAUUGGCGAUUUACUGCAUUUAUCAAAAGUCCCAUCAGUUAACCUGAUUUCAGAUGUGUCCAUGUAAACAGGAUUAUUAGGCAGAACAUGUAAAUGUUUUAAACCAAACCUAUUAUAUUAAUCUAUCUACAAUAGUUGAAUGUAACUGUGCUCAGUGUGAUGUGAAGUCAGGGGCGGCACUUUGGUUUUAGAAGUGGGGGGGACAUAACCUGGCGGGGGGUCUGGGGAAGGACAUGUAAAGGCAUCUAAAGCUAAUUUCCUGCAUUUUUACACAAUCCAAUAUGCUGUCUCUAUUUAGAACAAAAAGUAAGCACAAAUUCCCACAGUCAUCAAGCUAAGUAAGAGAUCAUUAUUGAAUAUGUUCAAACGAUUAAUAAGACUGAUCAAAGGUAAUUCAAUAAUAAAUAUUGUUGCACCUUUAACCAAUAGCCUAACAAAUGGACAACUAUUGAAAAAAUACCAAGACUUUUGAUUGUCUUUAUUAAGACAUUCUCUAUAUCCAAUUUCAGCCAGCCUGAGCCGCCUGCACACCCGACCCCCACCAGUCUAGUCAAUAACUCAACUCUUUCCAACACAACUUCCUUCCCAGUUCACACCUUAUAUAUUUUUUGUUCCCAAGGGAAAUGUUUGGAAACACAAAAACACACACACAAAAUAAACGCAUACACCUCAAAUAUACAUUAACACACAAACAGCAAAUCCUCCAUAUCAUUAAUCUCAUAGGCCUAAUAGUACUGUAGAGCUCUUUUUACUUGCACACAAUAUAGCUGGGUCACCCCUUCCUGCCCCUAGGGGUCCCCCGCAGCACCCCAACCCAACACACCCCAAUUUGCUUUAGGAUCUUAGUGAAACAUUAAUUAUUGGUUUUGGGUGUGUUAGGCCUAGGCCAGAAUGACAACCCACAGGACGGCAGACCACCAAGGCCAGGACUGAGCAGCCCACCAGCUAGGGAUUGCCUAAAUAGGUAUCUCCCCUGAUGUGGGUAUGUUUUCAAUACAGACUCCUUUAGUCGUACUGUAUUCCAUAUAAGGCAUCCAGACCUUAUGAAAGUUGCACAGUAUACCCUUAAUCUGGUAAUAAAUCAAUGCUAGUGAUACAUAACUUGACAUUGUGGGAGGAUAACCAACCUUCCAAUUAAUGGCAAUGCAUUUCUUAGCCGCUAUAAAUGCUUGGUAACCAGUUUCUUCAGAUAUGUCUCUAGUAUCAACAUUUCCAAGCAAACAAAAACAGGGAGAAGGGAGAAUCUGUAGACAUGUUGAUUAUAAAAGAACAUAUUCUUUGCCAGAAUUCAGCCAGCCUUCACAAGACCAUAGGCAGACCUGGCUCUCAAGAGAAGGCAGGUUAUGUGCACACUGCCAAAUGUAUGACCAUAUUAGAGACACAUAUUUCCCUCAGAUUACACAGACCCACAAAGAAUUAGAAAACGAACCCAAUUUUGAUAAACUCCCAUAUCUAUUGGAUGAAAUACCACAGUGUACAAUCACAGCAGCAAGAUUUGUGACCUGUUGCCACAAGAAAAGGGCAACCAGUGAAGAACAAACACCAUUGUAAAUACAACCUGUAUUUAUGUUUAUUUAUUUUCCCUUUAGUACUUUAACUAUUUGCACAUCAUUACAACACUGUAUAUAGACAUAAUAUGACAUUUGAAAUGUCUCUAUUAUUUUGGAACUUGUGUGAGUGUAACAUUUACUGUUCACUUUUGAUUGUUUAUUUCACUUUUGUUUAUGAUCUAUUUCACUUGCUUUGGCAAUGUAAACAUAUGUUUCCCAUGCCAAUAAAGCCCCUUAAAUUGAGAGAGGAGCAGGGAGGGAAUAGUUGUGUUUUAUAUGGGUUAGACUAUAGUCAGGGAGGGAAGGGUUGUGUUUUAUAUGGGUUAGACUAUCGUCAGGGAGGGAAGGGUUGUGUUUUAUAUGGGUUAGACUAUCGUCAGGGAGGGAAGGGUUGUGUUUUAUAUGGGUUAGACUAUCGUCAGGGGAGGGUGUUUUAUAUGGGUUAGACUAUAGUCAGGGAGGGAAGGGUUGUGUUUUAUAUGGGUUAGACUAUAGUCAGGGAGGGAAGGGUUGUGUUUUAUAUGGGUUAGACUAUAGUCAGGGAGGGAAGGGUUGUGUUUUAUAUGGGUUAGACUAUAGUCAGGGAGGGAAGGGUUGUGUUUUAUAUGGGUUAGACUAUAGUCAGGGAGGGAAGGGUUGUUUUUAUAUGGGUUAGACUAUAGUCAGGGAGGGAAGGGUUGUGUUUUAUAUGGGUUAGACUAUAGUCAGGGAGGGAAGGGUUGUGUUUUAUAUGGGUUAGACUAUAGUCAGGGAGGGAAGGGUUGUGUUUUAUAUGGGUUAGACUAUAGUCGGGGAGGGAAGGGUUGUGUUUUAUAUGGGUUAGACUAUAGUCGGGGAGGGAAGGGUUGUGUUUUAUAUGGGUUAGACUAUAGUCAGGGAGGGAAGGGUUGUGUUUUAUAUGGGUUAGACUAUAGUCAGGGAGGGAAGGGUUGUGUUUUAUAUGGGUUAGACUAUAGUCAGGGAGGGAAGGGUUGUGUUUUAUAUGGGUUAGACUAUAGUCGGGGAGGGAAGGGUUGUGUUUUAUAUGGGUUAGACUAUAGUCGGGGAGGGGGUAGGGGGGGAAGGGUUGUGUUUUAUAUGGGUUAGACUAUAGUCAGGGAGGGAAGGGUUGUGUUUUAUAUGGGUUAGACUAUAGUCAGGGAGGGAAGGGUUGUGUUUUAUAUGGGUUAGACUAUAGUCAGGGAGGGAAGGGUUGUGUUUUAUAUGGGUUAGACUAUAGUCAGGGAGGGAAUAGUUGUGUUUAUAUGGGUUAGACUAUAGUCAGGGAGGGAAGGGUUGUGUUUUAUAUGGGUUAGACUAUCGUCAGGGAGGGAAGGGUUGUGUUUUAUAUGGGUUAGACUAUAGUCAGGGAGGGAAGGGUUGUUUUAUAGGGGUGUUGGUAGAGCAUGGUGUUUGCAACGCCAGGGUUGUGGGUUCGAUUCCUACGGGGGGGGGCCAGUAUGAAAAUAUAUAUAUAUAUAUAUAAUGUAUGCACUCACUAACUGUAAGUCGCUCUGGAUAAGAGCGUCUGCUAAAUGACUAAAAUGUAAAUGUAAGACUACAGUGAAGGAAAAAAGUAUUUGAUCCCCUGCUGAUUUUGUAUGUUUGCCCACUGACAAAGACAUGAUCAGUCUAUAAUUUUAAUGGUAGGUUUAUUUGAACAGUGAGAGACAGAAUAACAACAACAAAAUCCAGAAAAACGCAUGUCAAAAAUGUUAUAAAUUGAUUUGCAUUUUAAUGAGGGAAAUAAGUAUUUGACCCCUCUGCAAAACAUGACUCAGUACUUGGUGGCAAAACCCUUGUUGGCAAUCAGAGGUCAGACGUUUCUUGUAGUUGGCCACCAGGUUUGCACACAUCUCAGGAGGGAUUUUGUCCCAAUCCUCUUUGCAGAUCUUAGUCAUUAAGUCAUUAAGGUUUCAAGGCUGACGUUUGGCAACUCGAACCUUCAGCUCCCUCCACAGAUUUUCUAUGGGAUUAAGGUCUGGAGACUGGCUAGGCCACUCCAGGACCUUAAUGUGCUACUUGUGUUUUGGGUCAUUGUCAUGUUGGAAUACCCAUCCACGACCCAUUUUCAAUGCCCUGGCUGAGGGAAGGAGGUUCUCACCCAAGAUUUGACGGUACAUGGCUCCGUCCAUCGUCCCUUUGAUGCGGUGAAGUUGUCCUGUCCCCUUAGCAAAAAACACCCCCAAAGCAUAAUGUUUCCACCUCCAUGUUUGACGGUGGGGAUGGUGUUCUUGGGGUCAUAGGCAGCAUUCCUCCUCCUCCAAACACGGCGAGUUGAGUUGAUGCCAAAGAGCUUGAUUUUGGUCUCAUCUGACCACAACACUUUCACCCAGUUCUCCUCUGAAUCAUUCAGAUGUUCAUUGGCAAACUUCAGACGGCCCUGUAUAUGUGCUUUCUUGAGCAGGGGGACCUUGCGGGCGCUGCAGGAUUUCAGUCCUUCACGGCGUAGUGUGUUACCAAUUGUUUUCUUGGUGACUAUGGUCCCAGCUGCCUUGAGAUCAUUGACAAGAUCCUCCCGUGUAGUUCUGGGCUGAUUCCUCACCGUUCUCAUGAUCAUUGCAACUCCACAAGGUGAGAUCUUGCAUGGAGGCCCAGGCCAAGGGAGAUUGACAGUUCUUUUGUGUUUCUUCCAUUUGCGAAUAAUCGCACCAACUGUUGUCACCUUCUCACCAAGCUGCUUGGCGAUGGUCUUGUAGCCUAUUCCAGCCUUGUGUAGGUCUACAAUUUUGUCCCUGAAUCCCUGGAGAGCUCUUUGGUCUUGGCCAUGGUGGAGAGUUUGGAAUCUGAUUGAUUGAUUGCUUCUGUGGACAGGUGUCUUUUAUACAGGUAACAAGCUGAGAUUAGGAGCGCUCCCUUUAAGAGUGUGCUCCUAAUCUCACCUCGUUACCUGUAUAAAAGACACAUGGGAGCUAGAAAUCUUUCUGAUUGAGAGUGGGUCAAAUACUUAUUUCCCUCAUUAAAAUGCAAAUCAAUUCAUAACAUUUUUGACACGCGUUUUUCUGGAUCUUUUUGUUGUUAUUCUGUCUCUCACUGUUCAAAUAAACCUACCAUUAAAAUUAUAGACUGAUCAUGUCUUUGUCAGUGGGCAAACGUACAAAAUCAGCAGGGGAUCAAAUACUUUAUUCCCUCAACGUAUAUAGUCAGGGAGGGAAGGGUUGUUUUUUUAUAGGGGUUACACUACAGUCAGUGGAAUAUGGAGAUGGCUGGGGAUAUACAGUAUCUGCUGAAUCGCUCCCUUUUUCUUCCAACCUGUCCCUUUGCUGUCUCCCUCAAGCACAUUUGUCUCCCUCCCUCCCUCCCUCCCUCCAUCCCUCUCCUAGUUGAUAUGUAAAAGCUAAAGAGCUGGGUGGAGUGGUUUGCUGUCCCGUUCUAUCCUAAAGCCAUUAGCUGGUGGUCAUAUAUACAGCCAAGCAGGCCUAGCUAAUUGAAUCUUUUUUCUUAUGUAUGAGCAUCUAAUGUAUGCACCCUCCCUCUGAUACACCUUAAAGGGCAUGACUGCAGAAUGGAACAUUUAUGAUGUAGGUUAUUUUUGCUUUAGGAAACUGUCACCUUGCAUAACAAAUGGGUUGGGUAAUUUUGAAUAAUUUGUUUUUUACGUAAGAUGUUCCGUAUUCUGUUGGUACGGCGUGUUCACAAUUGGUGUCUUAUUUUUGCUCUUGCCCUUACUCAUUUUGCUCACUGUGUUCACUCUUUCCUUUCUCUCACUUGUUCAUCUUCACUCAUUCUCACUCCGCCAUUUAGUACUUGGCGCUGGAAGCGGAUGCGUUCUGUAUCCAAGGCAACCUAAAUGAGAGAGAGAUACAAACAGAAGAGAUGCAAGGUAGAAAAUAAAAAAGAAGGAUGAGAGUAAUGAAAGAAGUUUAAGCCUUGGGUUGAAGAGUGAUGAGGAAAGGAAGGGUAGAAGGCAGGAUUGGGUGAAUGACAAAAAGAGGAGAGGGAUGGAGGGAAAUAUCAUGCAGGUUAUUGCCUGCCAUAAAGAAUGAAACUGGUAAGCGUUGUAAUGCGUGGACAGUGUACCCCAGGAACCAGUGAGUCAUAGCAGCACAGACAGAGCUAACCACAUUACUGCUCAGAGACCAGACAAGAUUAUACCUGCUGCUGGUUGGAACACACACACUUUUUUAUAUGUAUACUGAACAAAAAUAUAAACGCAACAUGUAAAGUGUUGGUCCCAUGUUUCAUGAGCUGAAAUAAAAGAUCCCAGAAAUUGUUCAAAUACACAAAAUGCUUAUUUCUCAAAAAUUUUGUGCACAAAUUUGUUGACAUCCCUGUUAGUGAGCAUAUUUCCUUUGCCAAGAUAAUCCAUCUACCUGACAGGUGUGGCAUAUCAAGAAGCUGAUUAAAAACAGCAUGAUCAUUACACAGGUGCACCUUGUGCUGGGGACAAUAGAAGGCCACUCUAAAAUGUUUUGUUACACAACACAAUGCCACAGAUGUCGCAAGUUUUGAGGGCACGUGCAAUUGGCAUGCUGUCUGCAGGAAUGUCCACCAGAGCUGUUUCCAGAGAAUUUAAUGUUAAUUUUUCUACCAUAAGCUGCCUCCAACGUUGUUUUAGAGAAUUUGGCAGCACGUCCAACCGGCCUCACAACCGCAGACCACGUGUAACCACGCCAUCCCAGGACCUCCACAUCCGGCUUCUUCACCUACGGGAUGGUCUGAGACGAGCUACCCGGACAGCUGAUGAAACUGUGGGUUUGCACAACCAAAGAAUUUCUGCACGAACAGUCAGAAACCGCCUCAGGAAGCUCAUCUGCAUGCUCGUCGUCCUCACCAAGGUCUUGACCUGACUGCAGUUCUGCAUCGUCUCCGACUUCAGUGGGACAACGUUCCACAGGCCACAAUCAACAGCCUGAUCAACUCUAUACGAAUGAGAUGUCGCGCUGCAUGUUUCAAAUGGUGGUCACACCAGAUACUGACUGGUUUUCUGAUCCAAGCCACUACUUUUCUUUAAAGGUAUCUGUGACCAACAGAUACAUAUCUGUAUUGCCAGUCGAGAAAUCCAUAGAUUAGGGCCUAAUGAAUUCAUUUCAAUUGACUGAUUUCCUUAUAUGAACUGUAACUCAGUAAAAUGUUUUACAUGUUUUAUAUUUUUGUUCAGUGUACACACACGCAAACACAUACAGACAGUGGCAGGUAGCCUAGUGGUUAAGAGCUUUGGGCCAGUAACCAAAAGGUCAUUGGUUCGAAUCCCUGAGCCGUCUAGAUGAAAAGUCUGUGCCCUUGAGCAAGGCACUUAACCCUAAUUGCUCUUGUAAGUCGCUCUGGAUAAGAGCGUCUGCUAAAUUACAUAAAAUAAAAUAAAAUCUAAACCACGACAAACGCACACAUCUCGCAAAACACUAUCUCACACAUGCUGACUAGAGAACAGAAGGGGAUCUUAGAACCCAGCUGGGCCGUGGGUGAGAUGAUGCAAAACACAGUGUUUCUCACUGCUUAUGUAAGCUGUGUGUGUGUGUGUGUGUGUGUGUGUGUGUGUGUGUUAGACAGACAGUGAAGGUGUUGAUUGGAGAGUGUGUGUGUGUGUAGCGUAGUAUGCUAAAAACACGCAUGUUGCUCUUUCGCCAUCCUGCACCACACAAUAUUCAAUAUAUUGCCAUGUCUACGCCUCUCUCUCCCAAAUCCACCCCUAUACACCCACUUCAAGGACCCUAUUCCAUUAAAUGUGUUGAGUAUUAAUGAUAUACACCCCCAUCCAUGUCAUCAACAUAACAACCUGUUCCCCUAUACAAUAGGACACACAGGCCGUACUAUAGAGAAGAAGGAAAGUGGAGAGACAGAAAUGGGGAGAGUAAUAAUACUUUAGAUGAGAAGGAAAAGAGAGAGAGAGAGGAAGAGGGGGAUACAGAAAGAAGAGGAUUUAUUUUAUACUUUUUUUAUAUUCUCCCUUUCAUCUGACAGAAUCUUGUACUGUGGUAAAGUAGCAUUAGUGUGGUUUAGUACAUUGGUGAGAUGAGAGAAGACUGAAUAAGAUGACAGGGGAGCAGAGCAGGACUAAUGUUAGGACAGGGUGGCGUGUAUGAUGUGACACGGUCAUUAAAGUAGAGGACUAGAGGGACCUCUGCUGCUAGACGUCUCCACUCUGAGAGGGGAGAAAUAAGGGGAAGAACUGGUAGAGGAGGGGAGGAGAGGAGAGGAGAAAGAGCUGUGUGAAUUAAACAGCCCCCAUGUAAAAUGAGACUACAGAUGUCUGUGCAAAAGUGGAGAUCGACAAAUGGGUACUUGUGGGUGUAGGGGUUUACAAUGUAUGGUGGGUAUGUGUGGUCCUGACUCCAAGGUGGGUAAUGUAGUUUUAACAAUGCUAAACGUCUCUCCUCAGUCUGUAAGAUGUGUUGGUUUGUUUCUAUUGUAGUUCUGACUGACUUGACUGACUAGUACUGUACUAGUAACAGUGUUGUUGUCUAACAGUGUGCACCUGUAUCUCUCUUCCCUCCAGUCUGUACGGUGCGCUGUCAGAAGUUCCUCAUCUCUCGUGUUGGUGAAGACUGGAUCUUCCUCAUCCUCCUGGGUCUACUCAUGGCUCUGGUCAGCUGGGUGGUCGACUUCGCUAUCGCCAUCUGUCUACAAGGUGAGGGAGGAGAGGGCGUUCGGGAGGAGAGGGCGUUCGGGAGGAGAGGGCAUUGGGGAGGGAAGGAGAGGUAGACUGCUUGGUCUACUGAUGGCUCUGGUCAGCUGUACACUCUGUUCCUUUGUCUGAAUCAUUUAAUCUGACACCACUCCUGCAUGCAGCUAAAGAAGACAUUAAGCUACACUCCAUAUAGUCUCAGACACUGGGGCUUACGCACACCCCCCCCUCAAACCAGGGUGUGUGUUCAUGAUGAGCUGCAGUGCAGAUGGCUGUCUCCCUGAGCUGCAUGCAGGGGUGUGUGUGUGUGUGUGUGUGUGUGUGUGUACGAUUUAGCUUAAAUCUGAUUUAAUGUCAUCUUUGCAGCAUGAAACUGUGUUUGUGUACGAUUAGCUUAAAUGUGGUUUAAUUUAGACUUUGCAGCAUGAAACUGUUUGUGUGUGUGUAGCGUGUAUGAUGUGUGUUCAGAAGGUGUGUGGGUGUCAAUGUGCUUUAUCUUCAGUCAAACACACAUUUACACACUUUUCUGUGGUGUGUGUGUGUGUGUCAGGUGGGAGACUGCAUGUGGAGAAAGUGAAGAGGGGUGAAGAGUGAGUCAUCUAGAAACAAGACGCUCAUCCAGACAAAUCCCCUCCUUUCUCCAGAAACACACUCAUACAUACACACACUUUUGAUCUCUCCCUGUAAAGCAGUCAUUUCUGGGAGAGGAGUCCUGCGGGUUCUACUGUUGUCAAAUAUUUUGUCGCUGUACUCAUGAGUAGGGCUGGGAAUUGCCAGGGACCUCACGAUACGAUAUUAUCACGAUACUUUGGUGCCAAUACGAUAUGUAUUGCGAUUUCCACGAUUUUAUAUAUUUUUUCACGAUUUAUAUAUUGGAUGUACUUUUACUUUCUGAUUGACAUCAAGUUGAUAUUGGUCUGUGUGUGUGUGUCCACAGCACAGAAGUGGAUGUACGGAGGCCUGGAGAGUAAUGUGUUUCUCCAGUACCUGGCCUGGGUCACCUACCCUGUGGUGCUCAUCACCUUCUCAGCUGGCUUCACACAGAUACUGGCCCCACAGGCCGUAGGUAAGACACACACUCACACACAUUCUGACACAUAACCAUACACACACACGCAUACUGACUGCAUCAUAGCACCAUAACCCCCUCUCCCCCUCUAGGUUCAGGUAUCCCAGAGAUGAAGACCAUUCUGAGGGGUGUAGUGCUGAAAGAAUACCUCACCUUUAAAACCUUUGUGGCCAAAGUCAUUGGCCUCACCUGUGCCCUGGGCAGUGGCAUGCCUCUGGGCAAGGAGGUAACACACACACACACACACAGUACACGCACACACACUUAGUAAACAUUCUUCUCACUUCUGACAUUCUUCUGACGCAUACAUACACAUACUCUUCUCACAGUCAGGCUUGUGUGGGUAGUUGUCACAUGUUGCUGCCAGUACAGUCUGUUCCAGUAGUUACAGUGAGGGAAAAAAAGUAUUUGAUCCCCUGCUGAUUUUGUACGUUUGCCCACUGACAAAGACAUGAUCAGUCUAUAAUUUUAAUGGUAGGUUUAUUUGAACAGUGAGAGACAGAAUAACAACAAAAAAAUCCAGAAAAAUGCAUGUCAAAAAUGUUAUAAAUUGAUUUGCAUUUGAAUGAGGGAAAUAAGUAUUUGAUCCCCUCUCAAUCAGAAAGAUUUUUGGCUCCCAGGUGUCUUUUAUACAGGUAACGAGCUGAGAUUAGGAGCACACUCUUAAAGGGAGCGCUCCUAAUCUCAGUUUGUUACCUGUAUAAAAGACACCUGUCCACAGAAGCAAUCAAUCAAUCAGAUUCCAAACUCUCCACCAUGGCCAAGACCAAAGAGCUCUCCAAGGAUGUCAGGGACAAGAUUGUAGACCUACACAAGGCUGGAAUGGGCAACAAGACCAUCGCCAAGCAGCUUGGUGAGAAGGUGACAACAGUUGGUACGAUUAUUCGCAAAUGGAAGAAACACAAAAGAACUGUCAAUCUCCCUCGGCCUGGGGCUUCAUGCAAGAUCUCACCUCGUGGAGUUGCAAUGAUCAUGAGAACGGUGAGGAAUCAGCCCAGAACUACACAGGAGGAUCUUGUCAAUGAUCUCAAGGCAGCUGGGACCAUAGUCACCAAAAAAACAAUUGGUAACACACUACGCCGUAAAGGACUGAAAUCCUGCAGUGCCCACAAGGUCCCCCUGCUCAAGAAAGCACAUAUACAGGGCAGUCUGAAGUUAGCCAAUGAACAUCUGAAUGAUUCAGAGGAGAACUGGGUGAAAGUGUUGUGGUCAGAUGAGACCAAAAUCGAGCUCUUUGGCAUCAACUCAACUCGCCGUGUUUGGAGGAGGAGGAAUGCUGCCUAUGACCCCAAGAACACCAUCCCCACCGUCAAACAUGGAGGUGGAAACAUUAUGCUUUGGGGGUGUUUUUCUGCUAAGGGGACAGGACAACUUCACCGCAUCAAAGGGACGAUGGACGGGGCCAUGUACCAUCAAAUCUUGGGUGAGAACCUCCUUCCCUUAGCCAGGGCAUUGAAAAUGGGUCGUGGAUGGGUAUUCCAGCAUGACAAUGACCCAAAACACACGGCCAAGGCAACAAAGGAGUGGCUCAAGAAGUAGUACACUAAGGUCCUGGAGUGGCCUAGCCAGUCUCCAGACCUUAAUCCCAUAGAAAAUCUGUGGAGGGAGCUGAAGGUUCGAGUUGCCAAACGUCAGCCUCGAAACCUUAAUGACUUGGAGAUCUGCAAAGAGGAGUGGAACAAAAUCCCUCCUGAGAUGUGUGCAAACCUGGUGGCCAACUACAAGAAACGUCUGACCUCUGUGAUUGCCAACAAGGGUUUUGCCACCAAGUACUAAGUCAUGUUUUUGCAGAGGGGUCAAAUACUUAUUUCCCUCAUUAAAAUGCAAAUCCAUUUAUAACAUUUUUGACAUGCGUUUUUCUUAGGAAGGUCUUGAAAGAGCUGAGAUGAAUCAGUGAUACACUGGAGGAGUUGAUUGGUAUAGGAACACACCGAGAACUGAGUUUGUGUGUACACACAUGUUUCAACAGCAGGGUUCAGGCUAUGAAUGAGUGUGAAAACAAGGAGGGAGAGCGGGAGAGAGAAUCCAACCAUGGAGUUUUGGCGGAUCCAUAAUUGAAGGGCUUAGUAGAAUCCUGACGGUAUGACACUGUUUGUUUACCAGGCCAGUAUGCCCGGCUCAGUGAAUAUGUACCUGUGGUAAGCUUUACCACAGGGUCCUGCUGUAGACUGGAACACUACACCGACACCUGGCACACAGGCGGCUGGUGGCACCUUAAUUAGGGAGGAUGGGCUCAUAGUAAUGGCUGGAAUGGUAUCGACACAUCAAACACUUAAUUCCAGUCAAUAUUAUGAGCCGUCCUCCCCUCACCAGCAUCCCGUGACUUGACAGGUAGAUCAGUGCUGCCACAUCAGUCUGUGUUAUGCUGCAUGGUCAGGAGGGUUAUGGAUGACAUGCAUUACAUCAGGAUAUAGUGAUAAACUAAACACCCUACUGAGGUCACUAUGGUGAUAAGAAUAAGUAUUUUUUCCAGAAUAAUAGAUGGAUGGUUUUGGCCUGCGCUAGCUGUGCAGACGUUUGUAUCCUGUGUACUAGUUGUAUUGGGGAAAAGUGUUGCUUCUCAACACCAGGAGUAGGUUAGUCUGCUGGGGGGUGUCACUUUCGUAUACGUUUCCGUUUUAACCACUGGACUACAUUUCCUUUUGGCUUUUGACAAAAUGUGACUUUCUUUUUUCGGAGGAGAGUAAAACUGAAGUUGAAAUGUGAAGUUAUUUUCUUUAAAAGUGUAAUACCAAGUUUUUUCAAAAAUCAUUCACAAGUCGUUCUCUAUCCCUCUUUAGGGUCCAUUUGUUCACAUUGCCAGUCUGUGUGCUGCACUCCUCAGCAAGUUCAUGUCUCUGUUUGGAGGAAUCUAUGAG